AUGGGCUCGGACUGGAGCAGCCCCGAGGAGCGGGAGCCCCUAUUGCAGCCUCCGCCGGCGCCCGCGGCGCUGCCCCAGCACUACCCUGCGCAUGGCCAGCCCCGGAGGACGGCAGCGGCCUCGCGGGCGGCGGCUCCCCGCAGCCCAGGGCUGGUCCCCGCGGCGCCUCUGCGCCCGCCGCCGCCUCCGCUGCCCGGCCGCGUGUACGGGCGGCGCUGGCUGGUGCUGCUGCUCUUCUCGCUGCUGGGCUUCGCGCAGGGCCUGGUGUGGAACACCUGGGGCCCCAUCCAGAACUCGGCCCGCCAGGCCUUCCCCUUCUCCAAGCUGGACAUCGCCCUGCUCGUCUUCUGGGGGCCCAUCGGCUUCGUGCCCUGCUUCUUCUUCAUGUGGCUCAUGGACAAGAAGGGUAAGGGAAAGAGGAGGGCGGGCUGGCAGGCUGCCUGGAGCGGGGCCUGCUGCUUCUAGUGCUCCCACCCCACCUAAAUAUCUGGGGCAAAUACCCAAAGGGAUGGGCAGGGGGGCAGCGGUACAACAACCCUCCUAGGUAUAAACAACUGAGUCUUAAAAGGGGAACAAUUUGUGGCACAGGCUUUCAUGGAUUAGAGUCCGCUUUAGUUAGAGACGGGGGUAGUACCUAGAAGAAGGGCUGAAGUUCACAUUUUUGACCACGUCCCAUGCUGUUAUUUACUUAAUUUAUUGAGUUUCUCUAUCUUUCCUCACCAAAGAGCCCAUACAGUGGUACCUCUGGUUACAUACGCUUCAGGUUACAGACUCCGCUAACCCAGAAAUAUUACCUUGGGUUAAGAACUUUGCUUCAGGAUGAGAACAGAAAUCGUGCUCCGGCGGCGCGGCAGCAGCGGGAGGCCCCAUUAGCUAAAGUGAUGCUUCAGGUUAAGAACAGUUUCAGGUUAAGAACGGACCGCCGGAACGAAUUAAGUACUUAACCCGAGGUACCACUGUAUUUCCCAUGAGAUAAGUUUCUAGAGGGAAGCGAUGUGUCUCCAGCUGCUCACUUUACUGAAUAUCUGCUUCUUAAAAUACUGUACAGACCUGCUUCCCCAUCUAAUGUAUUACUUAUUUAGCGGGUGUGCUGAUAUUCUAUGUUCAAGGUGGCUAGCAACAUGGAAAAGCCCCCAUAUAAUUUCAAUGAAGCAAAAGCAGUCAUAAUAAAUAAAACAUAAAAAAUACGCAACCAAAUCGAAUAAUUUCCAUGGAAAUCGUAAGAGCUAAAAUAAACAAACAAAAAAAUAACAUCACAGCAACAAUCUAACCCCCACCCCCAAAAAACAAUACCCUGGCCCCUGUGUCUGUUCAGCAGCCUCAGUUUUGCAGCCUCAGCUUUUGUAGCUGGAGUCAGUCAGGCCUACACCCUUCCAGCUCAGGUAGAAAAGGGCCUGCAGGGCAGGCAGCAGGUCUUCUAGGACUCACAGCAAAGUUAAGAAUUCCUUCUGAGCUUUCACGGGCCUUUUGUUGUGCUUACAGUAGCUCUUUGGAUCUGUGGUCAUUACUGCUUAAUAAUAAUAUUUUAAUGCUGUGUCAGAGUAGAUCACAUUGGUUGAAACCAGAUUCUGUGAGCUACUCUGCUGGUUCAGUGACUUAAAGGCGUAGACUAGAGUGGUGUUUGUAUGUGCAUUUGCAAGUGUGUUUGUACGGACCACAUUUUUUGUACAAAAGAAAAGGUGAGUAAUGGUGAGUAACAGAAAACUUGGCAGGUUAACCUGCCUGUUUAUGUAGCGCAGGAUUUUACAUUGCACCACAGAGUUACAAUGGAUGGGGUUGGGAUAUUUAUGAGAUAUGGGAAGUGGAUGAAUCAGUGGGAUGCAGAAGGUGUCCUGACUCUUCUCACUCAAAGCUGAUGGCCUCACAGUCAGCCCUCUUUCACUCUCCCCAAUUCAGGACAGAAUACUCCAACCUCAAAACCUGACUUUCCAAGCACCACUGUUUGUUACUCAUGUUCAUUGUCAUCCACAUUUUUGAUAGCUCAGGUGUUUGGCGCUUACGUGGGGGAAAGAACAAGGCCACACCAUCUCCCUGCAUUACAUCGCUGUCUCCUGGUACCGCUCCCCUCCAUGUUGUAUUGAGUGGUAUAUAGGCCAACAUGUUGUUGUUGUUGUUUAGUCGUUUAGUCGUGUCCGACUCUUCGUGACCCCAUGGACCAGAGCACGCCAGGCACUUCUGUCCUCCACUGCCUCCCGCAGUUUGAUCAAACUCAUGCUGGUAGCUUCAAGAACACCAUCCAACCAUCUCAUUCUCCGUCGUCCCCUUCUCCUUGUGCCCUCCAUCUUUCCCAACAUCAGGGUCUUUUCCAGGGAGUCUUCUCUUCUCAUGAGGUGGCCAAAGUAUUGGAGCCUCAGCUUCAGGAUCUGUCCUUCCAGUGAGCACUCAGGGCUGAUUUCCUUCAGAAUGGAGAGGUUUGAUCUUCUUGCAGUCCAUGGGACUCUCAAGAGUCUCCUCCAGCACCAUAAUUCAAAAGCAUCAAUUCUUCGGCGAUCAGCCUUCUUUAUGGUCCAGCUCUCACUUCCAUACAUCACUACUGGGAAAACCAUGGCUUUUACUAUACGGACCUUUGUUGGCAAGGUGAUGUGUCUGCUUUUUAAGAUGUUGUCUAGGUUUGCCAUCGCCUUUCUCCCAAGGAGCAGGCGUCUUUUAAUUUCGUGACUGCUGUCACCAUCUGCAGUGAUCAUGGAGCCCAAGAAAGUAAAAUCUCUCACUGCCUCCAUUUCUUCCCCUUCUAUUUGCCAGGAGGUGAUGGGCCCAGUGGCCAUGAUCUUUGUUUUUGAUGUUGAGCUUCAGACCAUAUUUUGCGCUCUCCUCUUUCACCCUCAUUAAAAGGUUCUUUAAUUCCUCUUCACUUUCUGCCAUCAAGGUUGUGUCAUCUGCAUAUCUGAGGUUGUUGAUAUUUCUUCCGGCAAUCUUAAUUCCGGCUUAGGAUUCAUCCAGCCCAGCCUUUCGCAUGAUGAAUUCUGCAUAUAAGUUAAAUAAGCAGGGAGACAAUAUACAGCCUUGCCGUACUCCUUUCCCAAUUUUGAACCAAUCAGUUGUUCCAUAUCCAGUUCUAACUGUAGCUUCUUGUCCCACAUAGAGAUUUCUCAGGAGACAGAUGAGGUGAUCAGGCACUCCCAUUUCUUUAAGAACUUGCCAAAGUUUGCUGUGGUCGACACAGUCAAAGGCUUUUGCAUAGUCAAUGAAGCAAAAGUAGAUGUCUUUCUGGAACUCUCUAGCUUUCUCCAUAAUCCAGCGCAUGUUUGCAAUUUGGUCUCUGGUUCCUCUGCCUCUUCUAAAUCCAGCUUGCCAACAUACACAGGCCAAUUAUGCAAUCUAGAACCCUGAUCGUGCAGUGUUCUAAGUCACAUGGUAAAACCUCAGGUGUAGAACAGGCUUCCCACUUUAGACUUUCAAGGUGUCUCUCUCUGUGUAAGGAGGAAUAGAUUUGAGGGUUUUUUCCAGUGGGACUAAAGGAAGAGCGUUACAUACAGAGCUGAUUUGGGGGCCCAAAGCUCACAGCAUUUUUGGGGAUGCUGACUGUCUUUAGAAAUCUAAUAUGGAAGCAUGGAUGAGGUUUCUUGGAGUGUUUAAAUUGAACCACCUACCUGUAUAUUUGUAAAUAAAACUCGUUUAUUAUAGCAAUAUAGUAUUCUGCAACCUUUGUCCAAGGGAAGCAUACCUUGGUUGAGUGCUGCUCUUUUGGAAUAUCUUGCUGCCUGUAGUCGUGGAAGGAGCACAAUCAUGCUAUGCUCAGGUGUCUUCAUUCUGGGUCCAGUGUUCAAAAUUUGCCAGGUGCAUUUUACAACUGGCACGUGGCCAACUGUGGCCAUGUGGAGAUCUCUGGAUGCCAAGUUGGCUACUGGCAUUUGCAUUUGGCUGUCCCCUCCAGUUUUCUUAAGCAGGUGAGCAAAAUAUCUUAUAUAUUGCAUAUAUACCCCACAUUUUUCUCCAAGGAUUACAGGUGUCUCCCCACUUGCGCACAAUCAGCACAUGCGCUUCCACUGACAUACUUGCCAUUUUUGGCACUGAAAGGGUCAGGGGAAUUCCCAUUCACGUGCCACCUAGUGACAUGUGCAGCAGCUGGGAACAGAACCCCUGCGUAAGUGGGGAUUCCCUUGUACAUGGUUCACCCCUAUUCCUCAGUUAAUCCCGACAAUAAACCAGUGAGGUAGAGGCUGUGACUGGCCCAAGGUCACCCAGUGAGCUUCAUGAUCUACCAGGUCCUGGUCUGACACUCUUAACCAGUACAGUGGUAUCUCAGGUUACAUACGCUUCAGGUUACAUAUGCUUCAGGUUACAGACUCCACUAACCCAGAAAUAGUACCUCGGGUUAAGAACUUUGCUUCAGGAUGAGAACAGAAAUUGUGCUCCAGUGGUGCAGCGGCAGCAGGAGGCCCCAUUAGCUAAAGUGGUGCUUCAGGUUAAGAAUGGACCUCUGGAACGAAUUUAGUACUUAACCCAAGGUACCAUUGUACACCACACUGGCUUCCUAGAGUACUUCUGCUAUGGGGCAGCUCUAUAAAUUGUUGGUAAAUAAAUUUGGGAAAACAGAAUGUCACUUAGAGAAGAAUCUGAAAUAGUUCCCUUGAAGCUUGAUUUUGUUUUAUUCUGGAUUGCUUCAAUUGAUGUUUUAAUGUGGUGUUAACUGUUUUAAGAUCUUUUCUUUAAAAUAUAAAGCUGUAUAGAAAUGAAAUGUAUACCAAUAACGAUAAUAAUAAAUUUCAGUGCAAAAGACACCACAGCAACGUGCCUAGACAUUCUGUUGUAGUGACCAUAACCUUGGUUUAAGGUGCCAUUUGGUGACUAGCUUAUAUAUCUGAGUUUCUAACUCUGGCUGAGCCUCUAGUUCUGCCUUUUGCAUCAGAAAUGCCCAUUGUUAUGGAGAGUUUGAAUAUAUUCUGUUGUAAAUGAAUGCUGAAAAUAUUCCUACUACAACUUGGGAAGAAAAUCAGUUGUCCCCAGAAUGCUUCAUCAAUAUGGCCGCAGUUAUUUGACCUUUGGAGCAGGUAAUUUAAUCUGCUGGAACAGAAACUCAUGACUACAUCCAUUUUUUUGUGUGUCCUCUUUCCCUAGAAGGUUUUGUGUACCUUCUCAACUUUCUUUAGUUUCCCCUUAAUGUUCUCCCUAAUCACAAUUCAGAAAAAAAAUCUGCUGUUUAAAGGGAACAAAAGUGAACCAUCUAGCACAAAAUUGAUGUCUAUAUGUCUAGUAUAUUGUCUGGCAUUCAUUGUAGUUUUCAUAAAGAAGAAGAUUCACAAGCAGACAGCUCUAUGAAUAAGUAUAUGUAAAUGUAUUUUUUAAAGAAACUUGGAUUAAGAACAUAAAAGUGGUGUUGCUGGAACAAGUCUAACAUGUCUCCUGACAGUAGCCAGUCACAUACUGUUGGAGUGCUUGCAGACAGGACACUAUGCUACAGCCAUAUCGUGCUGUUUACCCCUAGUGAUCAGAGUUAAAUUGCCUAUAAGCAUUGGGACUUCAUUUCUUUUUUUUAUGUCAGCUGAAUUUGUCUAAUCCUCUAUUUUAAAAGGCUUUCAAAGCUUAUAACCAUCACAAGGAAUAGCAAAUUCUAUAUCAAUUAUGGGGUGAAGAAGAAAUUCGUUUUGCCUGCCCUGAAUUUAUCUACUGUCCAUUUCACUGCAUGACCUCAUCACUGAAAGGUUCUCAUAGUUAUCACUAUACAUUAAAGAUCCUUUAAGUCUUUCAGGAGUCCUAAAUCUUUCAGCAUACAAGCAUCUCUCUUUCUGGUGGUUGACAAAAGUUGGCCAGACCAGUUAUGUGAACCCAAAACAUUCAACAGAUUUGUCAUUGUGCUUUAGUGUUCAAGUAGUUUCAGAAACAGUCAGUUGUGCAUUGAUAGAUAAAUGUGAGCACAUGGAAGUUAAACUUGCACUGAUAGUGUUCAGAUAUUAGUUCACAUUGUAUUGCUAUACAUUGUAAUAAGGGAGUAUGAGGAAUUUAGGGGAGGAGUAGGAGCUUAGAGCCCAGAAAUAACGCAACUAAAGUUGAGAAAAUUAGAAAGUGGUUCAGUCUAUGACAGUAAAAUGCAACUUAUAAAUAUUUAUCAAUAUACACUCGGAUAAACUUAGUAGUAAUGGCCUACAGCUGCUCUUCAAGAAGGCAGCAGCAAAAAAAACACACAAACAACAACAACAACCCUGGAAGGGGUUUAAUAGGUUAGAUCUAAAAUAUGUCAAUAAAAUUAAGGAAGUUUGUGCCCUGUCAUGCCUAGCAUAAGAAAAAACAUGAACUUUGUUAUGAAAAGGAUGAAUAAAAUGCUAGCAGUUAUGCUGAAAGUGCAAGGGUAGCAAAAAUACUUUUUUUGAUUACUGUUAAUUAAUCUUUAUAACAUUUGAAUGUCUUGUCAUUCCAUAUCCCGAAGGCUUUGAAUGAAUCGCAGCAUUUUAAAAUUAAAUGUUAAAUAAAUAAAGUUAAAUAACUCUACACGGACGUGGAAAUGUUAUGUAAUGGAUUACAUCAAAUUUUGUGGAAGACAUUAAUUUACUUAAUUUAGCAAAUCUUGAAGGAAAUGAGAUUGAGGGUUUCUUAUGAAGUAAUUAACGAAGCAGUUAAAUGCUAAGUAUUAGUGUCUCUUCUGUGCUGAAGGUAGCUUGACAUCUUGGUUUUGCAAUUUUAUGUUGCAUUUACAGGCUGUGGCAUUAAAAAUACUUUUGUUUUUAUGUUACUGUGGGGAGAUACUCAAAUAGCUCCAUGCUGAUUGAGAGAGCACAUUUUUGCAGAUACAGGGUGCAGUCUACCUUUAAUGAACACAGAGAACAAUUAAAACUUCUAAAAACAGAUUUAGACCGGGAAAUAUCUCAAAAUGCUUCUGAAAGGGUUAGGCCUUCAUUUGGCACUGAAAAGACCACAGAGAUGGCACCUAGCUAGUACUUAAUGAGAGGGAAUUCUAAAGGGUACGAGCCACUAACGGCCCAAUUCCUAUAUAGUUUGGAACAGACCUUUUCUGCAGAGUACAGUGAUUGAUUGGAUAUACGAGGUGUGGGAUAAUCCUUUAGGUCAGUGUUUCCCAAACUUGGGUCUCCAGCUGUUAUUGGACUACAAUUCCCAUAAUCCCUGAGUGCUGGUUCUGCUAGCUAGGGAUGAUGGGAGUUAUCAAAAAACAGCUGGAGACCCAUAUUUGGGAAACACUUCUCCAGGUCUUGAGUAUUUGGUAAGCUGAGAAUAUUCAAUUUAGGUACAAUCGAUUAGCUCUAGGGCAAUCAUACUAAUAAGGAAAUUCAAGGGAUUUUAUUUUGCACAGGAGUAUUAAACACAUUUUAAAAUCAAUCUUUGAGGGGAAAUGCAGUACCAUGAAGCCCAACAUACAAAUUAUCUAUUGAUGACAAGAAUAGAAACUAAUUGGAAGAAGGAUAAAUUGAGAUAUCUCCAAUUCCCAUCCUUUAGGAUUUAAUAAUGGUACCUGUGAUGGGAUUAUGAGCUGCUUGUGCGUAAAAUCGUAUUCCCUCAGAGUUUGUUCAAGUCCACAAACCUCUGUCUGUGACUGAGCCCCUCUGACAUGGCUCCUCUUAGUCACUAGAAGAUUCCGACAGUGGUUGCUUUCGUAAUCGCUUCCAACAUAAAAGCUCCUUAACGGAAACACGUCUUCUGGACUCUCUGCGUGACAGUUUCCGGCGAGGAGUGGGUGUCGCUACAGGAGGUCCGGAAACCUCACCACUGUUUUCGCUGGAAGUAUCUCUGAGCCAUCCCCCCAGCUCCCUUUCCCUCAGUUCAGCUUCUCUCCCCCUGCUGGUUUCCUCUUCAGCUGCUAAGUCUCUUCCAACCUGUCUGAGCCCUUUCACCUCCCUCAGUUCAGCUUCUCUCCCCUGCUGGUUUCCUCUUCAGCUGCUAAGUCUCUUCCAACCUGUCUGAGUCCUUUCACCUCCCUUCCUACCGAUGGCAGUUCCCUGACAUCCACCUCCCCUCCAGGGCCCCCUUCACCCCCUCUCGCCCCCUCCUCUACGGGCGGUGAGGAGGCAAAACCCGGAAUGAACUUCCUUCAUCUUCCGAUGUCUCGAACACUUCUCUCCACCUGUUGCGGUUCCUGGUCUCGAAGCACUCCUCCUCCUCCGAGUCCAUCUCCCCUUCCCCUUCCGAUUCUGGGAAUCCUUCCAACUCCUCCUCCUCCUCAGUGGUCCCAAAGUAUUCCCUCCGGAACCUCUCCACAGGCUGAGGUUUCCGCGGGAACCUUUGAUGGAACAUUUCUAUCAAUACCUCGUCAUUGAUAUCUUUGGCCAUUACCCACGUGUUUUCUGACUCCGGUUCUCCUUCCCACGCUACCAAAUACUCCACCUGAUUCCCCUUCCACCUGGCAUCAAGGAUUUCUGCCACAUGACUGCUGCAUUCUCUUUCUUCUAUGACCGGUCCCCAGUGGCCAUCCCUUCUCGUCCCCCCUCGUACGGUGACAGUAACGACCUGUGAAAUACUGGGUGCAGUUUCAUGUGGUUGGGUAACCGGAGCCUGAAAGCCACUGGGUUGACCUGUUGAAUGACCUCAAAGGGACCCAACCUCCUGGGUCUUAAUUUCUUACAACCUCCUUUGAGCGGCAGCCCUCGGGUUGACAGCCACACCCUCUCUCCAACCCUUAUGGUUUCACCUUCCCUUCGGUUCUUGUCUGCCUGCCUCUUGUAUUCUUCCUUCGCCCUUUCUAAGUUGAGUUGGAGCUGACGGUGGAUUGCUUCCAUUUCUUCUACAAAAUGCUCGGCUGCCGGUGCGCUCCAUCUCUCCCCUUCUCCCCCUGGGAAAGCCCUGGGAUGACACCCAUAAUUAGCCAAGAAGGGGCUCAUCCCUGUGGACACAUUCUCGGCAUUGUUGUAGGCAAAUUCCGCCAGCGCCAACUUUUCUACCCAGUCAUUCUCUCUGUCAUUGACAUAACACCUCAGGUAUUGCUGGAGGACACCGUUUGCUCUUUCCGCCUGCCCGUUGGUUUCAGGGUGCCGGGCAGUCGAAAAGUUGACCUCCACCUGCAGUAAGCUCAUGAGCUUCCUCCAGAACCUGGAAGUAAAUUGUUUUCCUCGGUCUGAGACCACCCUCAAUGGCACCCCGUGCAACCUAAAAAUGUGUUCUACAAAUAACUUUGCUGUCUCUUCCGCCGUGACUGCAUGCGAGCAAGCUACAAAGUGGCACAUCUUUGUUAGUAGGUCUACCACCACCAUGAUGGCUGUUUUCCCUUUGGACUUCGGCAGAUCAGUCAUAAAAUCUAUCGACACUGCCUCCCAAGGUCGUUCUGGUGUUGGUAAGGGUUCUAAUAGGCCCGCCGGCGCCCGCCUUUCCCCUUUGGCUCGCUGGCACUGCUCGCACCCUCUUACAUACUCACGUACAUCCUCCCUCACCUUAGGCCACCAAAAUUCCCUGGUGACCAACCACAUGGUUUUGUGUUGCCCAAAAUGCCCCGCCGUGGGGCUGUCAUGCAACUGCUUGAGUACCCUCCCCCUUAAGUCUCCUUCAGGGAUAUACAGUGCCCCUUUGUAAUACAAAGCUCCAUUUCUUUCCUCGAAACCCCUUGAUUCCUCUCCCUCAUCCCUAAGACCUCUAAGCUUAUUCUGGGCGUAUUCAUCAUUCUCUGUUUCUUCUACCAGUUCUCUUUGUCCCACCAAUGCCGCCCACACACCCAGCGGUCCUCUGGAAUGACAUGUCUCUCUUCGGGUGCUCCCUCCCCUCCAAAUAUUCAGGUUUGCGUGAGAGAGCGUCCGCCCUAAUAUUCUCUGGGCCUGGCACGUAACAAAUCUCAAAGUUAAAUUUGGAGAAUUCCUGAGCCCAUCUCACUUGCCGUUGGUUGAGCACUCGUGCCGUCCUCCAAUACUCUAGGUUCUUGUGGUCAGUGCACACUUGCACCUUAUGUUGUGCGCCAAUUAGCAGGUGCCUCCAUCUCCGGAACGCCUCAUGAAUGGCUAGUAGUUCUCGGUCAUACACCGUGUAGUUCCUCUCGGAUUUGUUCAGCUUUCGCGAAAAAAAGCACACGGUCUCCACUCUGACUCCUCCUUCCCUGGCUGGAGAAGCACCGCCCCAACCGCUCUGUCUGAUGCAUCAGUUUCCACUCUCAUCGGUUUUGUAAAUCCACAUGCAGGAGCUGUUGUUCCGAGGCGAAGGCCCUUUUAGUUCCUCAAAUGCUUGCUCCGCCUCCUCCGUCCAAACGAACUUCUUCUUACUGCUGAGACAGUCCGUAAUGGGCGCCGUCAGGUGGGCAAAGUUUGGGAUGAACUUACGAUAGAAGUUCCCAAACCCUAAAAACCUCUGCACAUCCUUCCUUGUUUUGGGUGUUUUCCAUUCCAGUACCGCCUGGACCUUGCCGGGAUCCAUGGCCAACCCCUUGUCAGACAGGCGAUACCCCAGGAAUUCCACCUCCUUGGUAUGAAACUGACACUUCUCCAGUUUCACCCACAGCUGGUUGGCUUGCAGCCUGCUCAACACUUCUCUGACGUCUCUCACAUGCUGCUCCUCAUUCUCAGAAUACACCAACACGUCGUCUAAGAAGGCCACACAAUUCUUGUAAAGCAACGGCCCCAGGACGUGGUUCAUAAACGAUUGAAAUGUUGCGGAGCCUGCUUGUAGACCGAAGGGCAUAACUAAGUAUUCAAAUGCCCCUAAAGGGGUGAACAUGGUGGUUUUCCAUUCAUCCCCCUUCCUUAUUCGUAUCAGGUUGUACGCCCCCUUAGAUCCAGCUUGGUGAAAAUCUUUCCCUUUCGCACCCUUGUCAAAAUGUCGUCAAUCCUGGGCAUCGGGAAGGCCACUGGUUCUGACACUGCAUUUAAGGCCCUGAAGUCACACACCAGUCUCGGCUUGUUCGUGUUUUUUGUCCACAAAAACACUGGGCUGCCCCACCGCCCUGGACUCUCUGAUGAACCCUCUCUUCAGGUUCUUGUCAAUGAACUCUCUUAGCUCCUGCAUCUCUCUGUCUGACAUGGCGUACAGCUUGCCCACAGGGAGCUGUGCCCCAGGGAGCAAAUUGAUUUGACAGUCAAAGGCUCUAUGCGGUGGUAGUUGGUCAGCUUCCCUUUCGCUGAAGACGUCGCGGAGAUCUGCGUAUUGUCGUGGUACCUUCACGUUCUCCUUCACUUCAGUCCCUGCUAGGGUGGCUUGGGCCCCUGCCAAAACCUUUCCCUCUUUGCAAUGUUCUAAGCAAUGUGCUGACCCAAAAGAAACCACUCUCUGAUGCCAGCCCACCAGCGGAUCAUGUAACGCUAGCCAGCUCAUCCCCAAUAUAAUGGGAGCUCCUCCCAAGGUGGCCACAUUAAAAGCUAUCAGUUCAGUGUGCCUUGCCACCUUCAUUAUCAUUGGGACGGUCUGCAAGCUGACUUCUCCUCCCAACAGCUCCCUGCCAUCGAUCGUGGUUACCUGCAGGGGGUUGCUUAAAGGAGCGUCUGUAUCUGGUGUUCAGCUGCAAACUCUUUGCUCAUGAAAUUGCAGGAGCUGCCUGAGUCCAACAGCGCCUUUAUCUUUAGAGGGUGUCCGUUUGGGAGCUCUAGUGUCACUUCUAUCACUAGGGCGGGUUUAGGAGGUUCUGGAGUGGGCACUUUCACUGCUCUUUGGCCUGGCUGCUGUGCCCCGACAAUGGCAGCCAGGCGUUGGCUUUUAGUUGCUCCGGUAUUUUUCCUCUCUUCCCUCCACAGCUCCCACCAUCCCUUGCCAUUCCUUCCUCUGGGGGCAGACUCUGGCAAAGUGCCCUGGCUGUUGGCAGAGAUAGCAUUUCCGGGCGCCUUUUCCAUCCUUCUUUCUCCCUCACUGGGCUUUGAAACUGCGCGCGCGCGCUGUUCCGAUUUCCAUCGGCUCUGCCGGCGGGACAGUUGGCUCUGGAAUUUCUGGAAUGCGGAACUCCUUCCAACGUUCCCCUUUCCCUUCCCGCCUCUCCAAUGCUCUCGCCUCCUGGCGCGCUCCUAUGGCCAGCGCUGAUUUGGUCAGCUGGUCCAUAGACUCCGCCCUGGGCGCCCGGGAAAGUUCAUCUUUCACAGCCGAAGAAAGCCCUUCUUCAAAGAGCAUUUGAAUGGGUUCCGCCGAUAAGUCCCACCCCAAUCUGUGUAUCAGCAUGGUGAACUCAGUCCAGUACUCACGUACAGAUCGGCUCCCCUGUUUGCAAGCCAUUAACUGUCUGCGCACCACUCCCUUUUCAAUAUCGCUGGAAAACAUCAGAUCCAUGGCGCGAAAGAACUUCAUCGUGUCCUUUAAGACGUCACUAUUAGCUGCCAUCAGGGGUCUAACCCAGUCUCUCGCCCCCUUUUCAAGAUGCCCAAUCACAAAAGCCACUCGUGAUUCCUCAUCAGGGAAUCAUCAAACUGCAGAUUGAGGGCAUAUUGCAUAUCUGACCGAAAGCUAUGUUAGUCUUUGGGCUCCCCCCCAAAAUUUAGCACCAAUCCUGGUACCUUUCUGGCGAGAUGGGUGGCUUUCACACUUUUGUCUGCAUCUUGAGCCCUCCUCUCCUCCAGCCUCGCCGUCUGCAGCGCCAGCUGGACCUCCAACACUCGGUACCUUUCUUCCAGGCUUGGACCCGCUCCAGCCCCUGCUUCUCCGGUUCCUGCUGGGUUGCUCAUUAUGCCUUCUCCUGCACAAGCUGCGUUCAAAGACUGUCGGAAUGCUGUGAUGGGAUUAUGAGCUGCUUGUGCGUAAAAUCGUAUUCCCUCAGAGUUUGUUCAAGUCCACAAACCUCUGUCUGUGACUGAGCCCCUCUGACAUGGCUCCUCUUAGUCACUAGAAGAUUCCGACAGUGGUUGCUUUCGUAAUCGCUUCCAACAUAAAAGCUCCUUAACGGAAACACGUCUUCUGGACUCUCUGCGUGACAGUUUCCGGCGAGGAGUGGGUGUCGCUACAGGAGGUCCGGAAACCUCACCACUGUUUUCGCUGGAAGUAUCUCUGAGCCAUCCCCCCAGCUCCCUUUCCCUCAGUUCAGCUUCUCUCCCCCUGCUGGUUUCCUCUUCAGCUGCUAAGUCUCUUCCAACCUGUCUGAGCCCUUUCACCUCCCUCAGUUCAGCUUCUCUCCCCCUGCUGGUUUCCUCUUCAGCUGCUAAGUCUCUUCCAACCUGUCUGAGUCCUUUCACCUCCCUUCCUACCGAUGGCAGUUCCCUGACAGUACCAUAAAUAGUAGCUCAAUUUCUUGGAUCUUUGCAGCAUAAUCAGCAGAUUGACUUCUUGAUUUUGAGAAGUAAAUAUGCUCAGUCGACAGUUUGUUCUUGAGUGGUGGACCCAAAGCUUCUCACCAUUCAGAAAUAGUGAGGGAUAUUAUUGAGCUAUACACUAGAGUAAUUUGACCUUAAAUUUAGUAAAUGUGGCAUUUUAUUCUAAAACACUUGAUCAUUACUAGAAAUAUUAAGACCUACAUGAAUUAAACAUAAUGUAUGUGUUUAAAGAUUAGUACUGAAAGUUACUAUUUCAGAACCUGUUUAGAUCUCCAGUCCAGCAGAUCCCAAGCAGUUUCAAUAUCCGGGCUAAGGGAAAUUUAUGUAAUUUAAAAUAUUCUAUACUGUUUUCUUAAAGAAAAAAACCAACAUAGUGUACACAAGGACACAGUAUCAGAUAGAUCACGCAAAAUAAAAAUAAUCAGUAAAUCCAACAGCAACAGAAAUAAUCAGUUAGCCAUUACUGAUCAACCAGUUGGAUCUCAUCUCGACCAUGAACUCAUUUGGUGGCAUUAAGUGGGAACUUGUGGCCCUCCAGAUAUUGCCAGACUGCAGCUCUGACCAACAGCUAUGCUGCCUGGGACUGAUGGAGUCCAACAACAUAUUGAGGGCUACAGAUUUCUGACACUUGAAUUAUUGAGAGAAUGUUACGUGAAGUGCUUUGAUCACUCAAAAACUCCACGUGGGUAUGAAGUAUUCAUUAUCACUCACUUGGAUAUUUAUAUUCUGUUUGCAAUGAAGGCAGUGUAGAAAAGAAAACCAGCUCAGGAACCACACCAGAUUACACUGCACAUAGACGUGUGCAUUUGUCGGGGUGGGGGGAGAGAUUGGUAAUGUAUGAAGUGCUGCUGGUAUGUUAUGAAGUAAUCUCAUGUGCUUUUCUUUUACAGUUGUAGCUUCCUUAACUGAUAUUUCAGCUUCCUCAAAACUGUUCUCAACCCCUAAAACUGAGCACUAUUCUGUUUUCUUCCUCCUCUCUUGCAAUGUUUGAGCCUAUAUCUGAUCAGCAUCUAGGACAGAGUGUUUUGAAAGUAAAAUAUAUGCUUUUAGGGAACAGCUCCUUUAAUUUGUUGAUAAUUGCAAGCGUAGAUAUUAUCUCCGUUCCUUUGACAUCAUACCCGUGGUUUGUUUAUAUACUCUUUCAUUGGUGAUUUCAGGUGAGUUGUCAAAAAUAAAAUAAUAAAUACAUAUAAGACAGACAGAUAACAUACAAACUGAAGAGUGUAAAGUACUGGAGAUGGUCAUAAUGUUUUAAGUGCCUGCAUAAAUGUUUUUGCCUGGUGUCUAAAAGACAGCAAAGUUGGUGUCAGGCAUACCUCCCUGAGGGAGGGCAUUAUGUUUACAUGCCUGUUACCCAUAAUUAAUGCUAACAAAAGUUCUCUCUGUUAGAGUUUACAAACCUGCUUCAGAUACAGCAGUUCAUACUCCCUUUAUUUGCCAGCCUUAAGGUCUUCUGAGUGUUGGAAGACCCAGGACAGACAAAAGAAAUACUUCUUCACACAGUGUUUAAUUAAACAAUAGGAUUCACUGUCCCCAAAAGUAGUGGUGGCAAUGAGAAUUGGGCAUUCAUGGAGGAUAGUGGCUGUUAGUCAUGAUGGCAGUGUUCUGCCUCUGUGUACCAUUUGCUAGGAAUCGCAAGUGGGGAAAGCGCUGUUACACUUAGGACCUUUUUGUGAGCAUCCUGUAGUCAUCCGGUUGAUUACUGCAAGAGCUGGAUGCUGAACUAGAUGUACCAGCUCUGCUUUUCAUCUAAUGACCAUGCCAGCAAGCUUGAAGGAAAGAUGUGUUGACUGUGCUCAAGAGAGAGAUUUGAAGAGUAGUUGCAGAUUGAAACUAUGAGUAUUUUGAAGGAAGGGAUUAUUUAUGUUUCAAUAAACCUUCAAGGAGCAUCUCCUUUCCAGCCCAUAGUGACUCAGCCUGAGUUGUUUGCAGUGGCAAAUUGUCACAUUGUGAGAGAAAGAAACAAAAGCAGAAGUGAAGUAACUAGAUGUACCAGAUGUACUAGAUGUAACUAGCAGCAAAUGUAAAAAUAGGGUGUUUUGGUGUGGUUGCUUCACUUGUUUCCUCAAUUCACCAUGCCACCCAGUGUGCCAUCUUGCUUUCUCCAAGGCACUGUCUGUUUCUUAAGGGAGAUACCGCAUUUUCAUUACUCAGUGGACAUGUUCAUGGUACUGUCAGAUUGAAUAAGCUACUGAAAAUUUAUUGAUGUUCUGUGCAGCUGAGAAGCAGGAUAUUAAAACUUAAAAGACUUAGAAAUAUAAUAGAUUUUAUUGAAAAUAAUAAAAGUUGUUCUGAAUUUAGCAUUUUGGUCGUACUGCUUAAUUCUGUCUUCAUUAUCCAUGCAUAUAAAUUUUGUAGUCUAGGAGCUAAUCUUUCAACAGACUUAUUGCGUGUUUUAUAGGCUGCAGGUCUCCACUAUGAUUAGCACAGUGGUACCUCGGGUUAAGUACUUAAUUCGUUCCGGAGAUCCGUUCUUAACCUGAAAAUGUUCUUAACCUGAAGCACCACUUUAGCUAAUGGGGCCUCCUGCCGCGCCGCUGGAGCCCGAUUUCUGUUCUUAUCCUGAAGCAAAGUUCUUAACCUGAAGCACUAUUUCUGGGUUAGUGGAGUGUGUAACGUGAAGCGUAUGUAACCUGAAGCGUAUGUAACCCGAGGUACCACUGUAUAUCCAAAGGCUGCUGAUGUUUGGUUGAUGAACAAGACAAGCACCAGUGCUAGUAAAUGUUUUUGCGUUUGUAUAGUUGUAGGUUCCCUUAACAUAUACAUGACAGCCCUUUAGAUAUUUGAAGAUGGUUAUCAUAUUUCCCCUCAACACAGUGAGAUGAACUGUUGAUGCAACAAAACAUGGUACACAAACAUGCAUAUGGCUUUUGAGGAGCUAGCUAUAUGUUGUGCAAAAUUGCAUAGAGCCUUGAUCCCACUAUUUAAAGAAAGACACAGACUCUUUUUGUGGGGGGAUUUGAUGGAAGUGGUGUGGGAAGGGAUGCUUAACCCUUCCCUACCUGCUCUUUUGACUUGGGUCUCCUAGCUUUUCCCACAUGGAGUUAAAGAUGUAUAUUUACCUGCAUUUAGAAUCCUGGAUGGUGAGAAGCCACCCAAAGCCCCACCUCCAUCGGUUUAUUUUAUUUUUUUAAAAAUGACAUGAGUGCUUCGUCAUACAUAUUUGUGUGUUAUGUGUCUCUUACUCCAGAAUUGGGCAUGAUCCAGUCCACUGUGGGUACAUUGCCCAUAUUGAGCACAGUUGACAGUAUCCAGAGGGAGAGCUAGAUGUGAAUAUGGAGAAAAUGCAGAGAUUUCCUAUUCACUCUGAAUUUCCAUAGUGCUGCAUUUACACACUUUUUGUGCGUUUACAGGUAGAUGGUGGGUGGGAAACAGGGCUCCAUUGAGACUAUGUGAGUACUAUGUGGGUGUUACACCCACAAAGGACCAGAUCAAGCUCCUAAAAUUUAGGCCACCACAUCAAAUAUUUUAAGUUCAAAUUGUAAACUUGCUGUUGGAAAAAAGUAAAGCUAUAACUUUACAAAGAUAAUCUUAUUUUUGAAUUUCUGUUUGGUCCGCUGUUUGCCCUCAAGACCUUCAGCAGUAAUGCAGCCACCCUUUAUAGAGUAUAAUAUUAGUGCAGCAUCUCCAGCCAGCCCUCUGUGACCUUUAUGCUUUAUCACCUUAAUCAAGCUACCUGCUUGACAUUUUUAAAAGAAGAUUUUUUUCUCUUCUUGGCAGUUCUUGAUGUGUAUGGCAUUAUUCUUUAACUUUAGAUAAUUUCCUAGGAAUACGUGCAUAUUAAGAAGAUACAAAAGGUCGGAGAAAUCGUGAGCGCUAUUCAAAGCCCUUCAGAGUAUUGCAUUAUAAUUUGUAGCUCAAAAACCAAAUGGUUUGCGCUAAAGUGCUGCAGCUGGAAAAAUAGUCAAAUCCAUCAUUUGAUCCUGAUCCAUGAGUCUCUUAUCUAUGAUUCAUAAAUUUUGUACAGGCUUGGUAGCCAGUUAAAAUUUGUGCUAAAGCUGGGGAGCAGGAUCUUGAUUGUGAUGUCACACUGAGUGCUGCACUACAGGAACCAGUCUUUCCCUGGACAGCUUCAAGCUGAGAGUGGUGGACUGUGGUUCAUUUUUGUUUUUCUGGUCUUCUGAGAGGCUCAAAAAGUAGCAAGAGAUUUCACUUAUUCAAUGUGAAGUUUGCAAUAUCUCUUCUGUGCUUAGAGAAAGGAGAGGGGGAAGGUGCAAGGCAUUGCACUGUCUCUAAAAAGAAUUGCAAAGCAGUGAGGCAUAUUGUCACUUUUCAGUCCUUCAAUCUGUGUGAAGUCUGAGCAGUGUGAAGUCUGGUAGGAGGUCUUGCAGGAAAAAUAUGUGCUUGUCAAUGGUGAGCUGGCAACCAUUCUCACAUUUUUAUCAUGUGAACUCAACAUUAAAUAUAAUAAAUAAGUUAAUUGUGUAUUGCAUCUAUAAAAAUCAGUUCCCAGCAUCAUGGGACUCGGGACUCUCAAGGGAGCUUCGCAUUCUUGCCUCUUACAUUCCACACAGUCAGUUUCAUGAAAGGCAUUUUGCUAGUAAUAAAUUGGUGAUGGAGACUAUGUGUGAACUCAACCUAAAACGGCCAACAGACUAUUCAGAAGAAAAACAUGUAGUAUUAAACAAGUGAUUCCUCUGAGGAAGAAGAAAUCUCUUGAUUUAUGGCAAUAGAACAUUCUGCAAAACUCAAAACUGGCCGAAACAUAUAAAUACUUUUUCUUGAGGGCUUAAUAUUGGGCUCCAUUCCUAAUACUUUGUUCCCUGUUGUCUGGGAUCUGUAUCUGCUACAGUGUGUAUGUAUCCGCUCUCUGGAUCAGCAACAGGAAUUCUGUCAUAAGGAAUAUAUUAGUAUAUUUAUUCAUAUGAAGUUAUAGCAGUCUUAAUAAAGAUCUUUAUCCGACCACAUGUUAUUCUUCAAUAGCACACAUGUAGAGAAGAUAUAAACAUCCAUUAAAUGCCAAUGUAGUAUUUUAAAAACGCUGGAUGCAGCAACUGGCAAUUGGACCUGAACACUGCAGUCUUUGCUGCUUUUUUUGCAGUAUUGCAAAUAAGCAAAUUCUUUCAAUGUAGAAGCCAUAUUUAUUUCAGGAUUAGAUUUAAGACUCCACUUUGAAAAACAAACAGGAAGGGAAAACGUUAACUAUUUCAGAAAAGGAAAUGAUAUGCAUCCACUUCUCCUUUUUAUACAUGAGACGAGAUAAAUCAUUCAGAUUUGGCACGUGAAUUACCUGUCCAGUAAUUCCUUGCAGCUGUGGGAGGUCUGAUGUGCAUACAGAGCUCUGACCCCUUACCACAGCUUCCCCUCCGCUUUCAGUAACAUCUCUGUGUAGAAGACAUGCCUAUGUAGAGCUGCCCUCUCUUUCAAAAUGAUUGGAGAAGGCUGUUUAUUUAGGUGCCUUGGGUGUUUAAGUCUGGAUAGGAGUGUCAGCUGAAAUUUUAGUUAAGCAUGCAAACAUUAGCACUGUUUUUAAAAGUUCUUACUCUGUUAAUAUCUGUCUAUGUUUGUUUUACAUAUCCUGUAAGAUGCACUUCCUCAAAAGGAGGGUUACUUUUGUAAUUGCUACUUUUUAUGUCACAUGUUUGGAUACGCCUGUGUUUUCCUUGUAAAAUUGCUAUUCUUUUCCAUUUAGGCCUCAGGGUAACUAUGUUGCUGACAUCAUCCCUCAUGGUGGUAGGAGCUGGCCUGAGAUGUGUUCCUGUAUCAGACCAAGAAACAAGGAAAUGGUGAGAGGUUUAUUAUUUGUUCUUUAGUGGCUGGGGAGGGGGACCUUUCCAAAUUAUCUUGUAUCAGUAGGAUACAAGGGUUUUACUGUGAAGACUGUGGUGUAGCUAAAGCAUAUCUGGUGACGCAUAACCAUUGCGAUAACCGGUAGCAGUUGGAAGAUGUUGAAGUAGCCUAGUUGAAGACAUUCUGCAGUUUAAAUCUAGUUUUCUGCCACGGAAAGCUACAUGAGAAAAAUCCCAUAAAACCAUUCUAAUUGCAUUUUUUCCCUUAGGGCUGAAUAAAAUUAUUUGUGAGAUACAGUACUGUAUGUAGCAUGCAGCUACUAGACUGUGUUUCAGUCACACAGGAGGGGAGAGACACCCCCCCUCCCACCCCAUGUGCUACCUUCUAGAUAAGGACCACCCCCUUUCCUGACCACCAGAUAUUCUGAGAUUUGAAAGGGUUAUGAAGACUGGCCUCUUAACCACCUUCUGCCUCAGAUGCUCUAAUUUUGCAAGCUGUUAGGUCAUGCCCACAAUACUGUGGUUCACCAGCAAUGGAAAUAAAACUUGAAGGAAUUUGUCAUGGUUUAAACACAACAAAAGAAUGAAUAUGUAGCUCUGCAUGUGUGAGGACCAUUAAAAUAUAUUUUCUGACUCCCAAGUGUCUAGAGCAGGUAAAAAACAACCAAAAUCAGAUUGUAAUUGCCUUGUGGUCCCCAGAUCAUACCCCUGGUUAUAGUAGAACUGAUUCUACAUUCAUGAGACUCGCUUCCACCAUUGUCACUGCCAAUAUGAAACUCACCCAGACUCAAAAACAGUAAAUAACAACAACACCACCACAACCAACAACAACAACAAUGUAGUGUUUAUCUGUGCAGGAUAGUUUGAAAAUGGGAUAUUUAAACAUUCUGCAAAAAAUAAUAAUUAAUCUGAUAUAGUAAAAUCAGCUUAAGUCCAAAGUGGAACAUAGAACUUUGCUCACAAGGAAAGGGGCACAUCACAUUAGAAAGGCCAGAUGGUGUUUGCUCAAAUAUGAGAUAUGUAUGUGCUUUUAUUUGUAGAACAAAAAAAAAGUUUAUUAAAUAGUCCACCACAACUCCUCACAAUUUUCAAGUGGUUUGCGAGAGUCUGAUGGGGAACUGAUCAAGGGCAGAGCUCUAGGUUUCGCAAGGCAACUCAAAAGAGACAUAGCUAUGGCUGUAGUUGUAGCCACAACACUAGUUGUGUCCUACAUUCUAGGUUACUCCUCAUGCGUCCUUUCUAAAAUGUUAACAUUUUCACUUCUUUUAAAAAGUAGCUUUCCAGGACUCUGUUUAUUUAAAAAAAUUGUCAGGUAACUUUUGUGCAGGGCAUAGAAACCAAGUAGGAUAUUGGAAGGGCUUCCAGCGAGCAGGGACUUGACAGAUGGUGCAAUUUUCUGCCCUCUGUAUACUCCCUCUAUCAUUUUCUUUCCAGACCUUUUUGCAAAAUGCUUUGUUUAUAGUGCUGGAUAUGCAGCAAAUCCACAUGUGUGUUGCAUCCAAUAAUAUAAACAAAACUUAUUUAUUUUGGAAAAAAUUUAAUGUGUGUUUUCCAGAAUUGCAUUUUGUAGGGAAUUACUUCUAUCUCUGAUUCUAUAAGCAUAUUAUAUUGUCAUUUAUUUCCCUUCUGCCUUACUAUCAGUACAGUUAUUCACUCUAUAUCUGCAGAGCUUCCCCUCCCUCUUUGUAGUGCAACUACAGAGCCAGAAUGUGCAUUCUGUGUGUCAAUCAUUCAACAUGUCUCACCACUGUGGUUUGGUUUUGACCCUUUUGAAAAUAUAUAAAUUGUGAUAGCUCUGUGAAACUAAAAAUGUGAACAUUAGUUGUUCCUUUGAUGCUUACAGUAGGCUUUCAAAAGAAAUGAUGCUGUGUCUUAUGUGUUAUUGAGUAUUAUGAAGUUUAUGCCAUGUUUACAGUUACAUUCCUUUCCCCCUCAAGUCUCCUUCAAAAAUAUUUGAACUUAUAACUUGAGCUUUUGGGCUUGGUUAGGAUCUGAAUAAGUUUUGUGUGCUUAACAAGGUCAUUUAGAAAGAAUAGUGCACUUAGCUUGAUUGUAUUUACCUACAAAAGGAACAUAAAGUAUUAUCCGAGGGCAAGAUCAUCUUUUUUAUGGAUAUUUGCCAAGCAUUUGUCAUCUUUCUGAGUGAAAUAAGCAGCUUAGUAUAAAACAAUAAUGUCUUAAUGACCUAUUGAUUGUUUUAGGGUUGGGCUGCAGUGUGAGAUUUAAUUAAUUUUGUUUUUAAAGCACUUUGAAGUUGGGACCAACAUACCCACUGAAGUUCAAAGUAUUAAUAAUUUUAUUAUUUGUGGGCAGCAUGCAGUGCAUUGGGUUACUUUCCCUCAUAUAAAAAUCAAUAAAACAAUUGGCAGAAAAACCCUGUUCACAUGCCAAGUUCCUGUGAGGAAAGGAAACUGUUGGGCUGCCAGCAUCUAUAUACUUAGCAAUGAGUAAUAAACCUUCAAGGGAAGCUAUUUUGUAAUGGGAUUUGUAAGGGGGGGCAUUAGGCAAGAGUGCUUAGUAGUUGGACCAAAUUUUAAACAGGCCAUUUGAUCCAGCUUGAGAAGUCCUAAUGAAUUGAUUGUUCUUGCAGAAGUCAUGCAAUUUAAGAUUUAGACCUGGUAAUUUAGGAUGUGCCCUUUGGAUGGUGGGUUUCUGGCUCAGUCGCAGUUCUCCGUGACAUAAAAUUCUUGGAAAGAAUGUGCCUUUGAUUAUGUUGGGAGUGUGAGAGUUCUCAAUAUUUUGGCCAUUUUAACUAGUCUUAGCACUCCAAAGAGUUAGACAAGAGUUGUCUAUACACCCCCAUUUGCUUUGCAUCCAAUGCACUCCAACCACUGAGAAGUGGUGUACACACAAUGUUACUCACAGUCUAUAUUUAUCCUGUAUUUGUCCUGUUGUUUCUUAGGAAUACUGCUCUUCUGUAUUCAGAUUCUACCACACUUGGAACCACUCUUCCACAACUCUGAUUUAUUUUGCUAAAUGCCCAGUGUAUCUGCAAACUGUGGCACUAUCUUCCACAGCACACUGACACAACAAUCUCAGCAGAUGCAAUAACUGUUUCAAGCGCUUCCAAUAAGGUCCUCAGCUAUGUAGACAUUACUAUUAUGAAACACAGCUAAUUAUUUCUUUUUAUCAAUUCAGAUUGAAUUUGGUUCGCUGAAAAAUGCAUCAAAAUUUAGUAAGCUUGGAGAGGGAGGAGAGGAAGAACCAGAUGGCUCAGCUGUAGAGUGCUCUUGUCUUCAGGCAUGGAUAGCCAUGUUAUUGUUGGGGUUUCACUGGUCAAUGGAAAUCCGUUAUUUUCCCCCCAGCUGUUUUUCCAUCCAAUUUCAAACCGUAGUUUAUGAAGGUGGCUUGCUUUUCCACUAACCAUAGUUAAUAUUAACCAGAAGAAAUUGCAGUUAACUUAAAAUGAAGCGGAAGCUUCCAAUCUUCUCCUUGCAGCUGUGUCAGGAGAGGGGAGUGUGGAAGCCUGGGUGGGAAGCUAGGCCUAUUCUUAUUAUGUCUGAAUGCAGCCAUUUUAUCUUUUAAUGGCUACAAUUGGAUUCAUUAGUCCGCUCGUGCCAUCGAUGAGAAAUCAUUCACUGCUAAAUCUCUUUGCUGCAUCUGGUUAGUAUCAGAGUAAGAGCCCAUACCAGCCUUCUGCAGCCUGGUGCUUUCCUGAUCUUGUGAGACCCCAUAAGCCCCAGCCAGCACGGCCAGCGGUCAGUAAUGAGUUACACACCAAAACAUUUUGGAGAGUACCAGGUUGGGGCAGGCUUGGCCUACAACCUCACUAUGUCUAUUUGUUUUGUGUGCUGCUUUUUUUUAAAGUGUGGCUUUAUGGAAGAAAACCAUCAUGUUGAAACGGGUUGUUUUUGUUUUCUUCUUCUUGUUUUUUUAACAUGUUCCCUGCAAGCUUCAAUUCUGUUUGCUCCUCUAUUUCAAACUUUGACCGACGAAACAUUCUCAAGUGUCUGACAGCUGUGAUGGCUGUGCAAUAACACGGCAUUAUGAUGUGACGAUCUGAGAGAAUAUGUCGCUGUACUGUCAGGGGUCUUGCUGCAUCGUUAUAUUGUUGCCUUUAAACUGUCAGGAUGUCUGACAGAGAUGCCAUUGUCUUGGCUUGGUAUUGCAGUGUUCGUUUCAUUGCAAAUUUUUGACUCUUGCUUGGCAGGCUUUCAGUAAAAAAAAGUUUCACAAUAAUGAGAUUCCCCCCCACCCCCGGUCCAUUUCAUAAAAAAUGGAAGUCCAUUGUGUUUCAGAAUCCUUAUACUUUUCUUUAAAACAAUAGCAGCAAGAAACAAACCGACCCCAAAGAUGAGAGGAUCUAGCCAAGUUCAGCGUCAAAACUACUCCAGACUCAUGUUGGAUGCUUUCAUAUUUCCUCUUUCUUUUCUAGCUAGGAGCAGUUCCUAUAUCAAGCCACAGUGUCUUAGUUAGAAGAGCCUAUUAGCUUCACUUAUUUCUCUGCUUUCUCCCUGAGAUGUGUCUUAUUUUAUUUUUAGUAGUAUUAUUAAGCAAAAUCAUUCACACGCUACCCAUAUUGUAUUAGGUGAUUACAUAACAUUGAAAAUGAAGCCAGAUAUACAAGCUAAAUACAGAUUUAGCAAGGGGAAAACCUUUGCAGUACAAAUAUAUCAUUUAGCAAUGAUAACUUUGCAGCGCAUCUGUUUGUAUGGAUUUGUAUAGAACAAAACACUUCUACAUAAAUAUCAGUAGGUGGAAAUGCUAGUUUCUGCAAAAACAAACAAACCCUUUAUUUUUCAGCUACAUGUGAAUAUAUGGCCAUCUCUGGACCGAGACAGCCUGACCCUUGUCCAUGUGCUGGCAACCCCCAGAUUGGAUUACUAUUGGAUUAAUAUUAUGUUUUUCAAAAGAGGGGGUAGUUUUAUGUCAUCCAUUUUCAUAUAUAUUAUAUUCGCCAAUACUUUGAAAAGCUUGUUUGAUUCUUUAGUGGGAUUUAGUUCCAGUAGUCUUGUUUGCUAGUUUGUGCAAUAGCUAAAUAUGCUCAUUGGGUCUAUCUGCUGAUGGAGAGAAUCUGUUAGUGAAAGGAGGGGAAGCAAUUGAUAGCAAUUUCUGCCCUCUCCAGCUGCAGCUCCUGCUCCUAAAUCUCCUCCAAAUGGUUGGGGAAUCAUCUAGAGGGGCAUUGGUGAGUGAUAAUAUUUUAUAACAUACUGAUUUUAAAGAGACCCCCCCCCCUUGGGGUGCUACACACUGUAAUCUAUAUGUAAUUAUGUUUGGUUACAAAUGUUUGGCCACCGAAGAGGAAGUUGCUAAAAUACAUGUGGUUCAUUCAUCUAAGGAGUGAACCCCUUUUUUUAAAUGUUGCAUUUGGCCUAUAUACAGAAUAUAGGAAUGCUUUCUUAACACUGGUAUGUAGUAUAUAUGACACAUGGAAAAUGAAAUAAUUAUUUUCAUGUUUGUAAACUCACCAUUGAGGAUUUUACAUUGACCUUGUCUUUUUGCAGUUGGAUUGUGUUAAGGAGAGCAGAACUGUUUUCUGUUUUCAUUUAAACACAGUCACAGCAGUUCCCCUUUUGAAGGUAAACUUGCUUGCCCAAUUACUAGCUCAAAGGAAAGUUAAUGCAAAUUAAUUCUAACUUCAAGAUUUUGAUUUGGCCACAAAGCUUAUUUUUUUAAAAAAUCAGGUGUUCUAGUUCGGCUUUCACAAACUUUAGUCUUGAGGCAAAGGAUAAGUAAUUGAUUAUUUCAUAACCCCCUCUGUUGAAAUGUUCUUCUUAUUUUCUUUCAUAGUUUUGGUUUCAGGCUUGUUAUGAAAAGCUUCAUACUCUUAGAUUGAACUCUCAGAGUUCACUAUGUUGCUUGGUACCUGAAAAUAAUUAGCUGAAUAUUGGAAAAGUAAUGUAUAAACCUGAGCACAGAGUAUAGAAAUCGAUCAAAAUACAUCUCUUACCUUAGCCAGUCUUAAAAAUGCUUUCCUGUCGGUCCAAGUGCGGAACAAAAUUGUCUUGCUCUUCUCAUCUUUCAUACAAAAGACAUCUUGCAUUACAGAAUCAAACUUAAAUUACAGUAUUAGGCAGUGAGGGAAAAUGCAGUUGCUCUUUGCUCCUUCUGGAUAACAGAAACAAGAAGAAAAUGGGGAAAUAACGGGAACAAAUGUUUCUAAUCUCAGAGCAAUUUUUAGAACAGAUGAUGGUUUGUAAGAAAGAGUUCCGAUAGUCCUUUCAGGCUGAAAUCUGCUGCAGUGAUAACAAGACACCAUAAAAAAAAAGCAAAAUGCACUGAUACUGUUGUGUUCAUAUUUUUCUGUCAGCUAUAUUAGCUGCUACAAAUUUGUCUUCUAGAAUAGUAGUAGAUUACUCCAUACAUUGAACCAUAUCGUGGGUAUCUCCUAUCUGUCCGUCUCUAGGAAGAUAAGGUGGAGAUACACAAAAACCCCCAAUGAAAAGUGGCUUAAUUCUGACAGAGUUCAUAAAUCAGUGAAUUAAUACAAGUAUGUGGUAGAGAGAUUUCAACAAGGCUUCUGGUUUUGCUAUUUGGAAUGUAUAAAGGCAGUAAAUGCUGGGAAAUGAAGAGGACAGAUUGUCGGUGGUUGGAAGUGUUUACUUCAGACCUCUUCCAAAGUGAAUUAAUAAUAAUAAUAACAACAAUAAUAAUAAUUUAUUUGUAUCCCGCCCUCCCCGGCCGAGGUCGGGCUAAGAGCCGCUAACAUCAUAAUUAGGUUACUGACUUAUCACCUAGCUUAUACAUCCCUCCAUGGCGUCCACUUUUAUAGAGUGAAGGAAAAUAUAAUACGACAAACCUGCAAAACAAGUGAAAAAAAGAUGCUUACUAGUGCUCCAGAACUGGUCUGUGACCGUAAUAAUAAAAUUUAUUUUAUUUACUACUGCUAAAAAUUACUUUGCUUUUCAAAAUGAUCCUCCAUGUCACACAACUUGAAUAAUGGAUCUGCUAAAUUACCCACUGGGAAUUGUUACACACCCCGAGGUGAAUAGCUAACUUUGGGGGCUGCUUCAGACAGAGUGUAGAAACUGGGAAUCUAAGGCUGCAAUCCCGUACCAUUUUACCAAAAGUAAGGCCCCCUGAACUUAGCAGGACUUACUUCUGAAUAAGCUGCGUAGGAUUGAACUCCACAUAUUUCAAGAUGUUUAUUUGUUUGUUUUGUUCCUGCUCUUUAGGCAAAAGGGACAGGGAGGGGAUAGAGAAAAAAGCAAAUUUUGACACCAAUUCUUAAAUAGUAGUUCUUAUAAUGACCAGCUGGUAUUGGAACAGUUCAGAGGUAGGAGGCAUGUGAUGGAGCUGGUCUUUUGACAGAGCAAGCUGAUCUUUCAGGGUGGAAUGAACCCUGUUUCCAAUCUCCUCCUCAUCAUGCAUGCCUGCCUGCAAAAUAUCUGUGCCAAAAGCAUUAUUUGGCAAUCCAGCAGAUGGCAGCCCUAUAUAUACUUAUUUACAAAUUCAGUUUUUAUCUUGCACCUUCAAGGUCCAAGAAUUACCAGGUCAACUAACAGACAGUAUAAGAGAAUAAAAGGAAACAACAGCAAUAUGUCAUUAAAAAGCAUUGUGGGGAAGGGAAUUCUCAUCUGGUACCAAGCAGUACCAAAAAACGCCAGUCACCAUCUGCUGCACGUCAGAAGGCAGGGUAUCAUCUUAGAUGAUGAUCUUAGUGAGCAGGCAGACUUACGAUACGAUACGAUAUCUUUAUUGUCAUUGUCCCUUGCGGAACAAUGAAAUUGAAAAACUACAUAAAAGUUGUAUGAGAGAAAGCACUCCAAUAAAUAUAUUGGUACCAAACCCUGUGUAGGGCUUUUAAUAGGUUAAUGCCGGCUCUUUUAAUUGAGUUCAGAAACUAACUGAGAAACUAAUGAAGAUAUUUCAGUACAGGUAAUGGUGUCGCAGUUUCCACUCUUCGCAUCCUUGGGCCACUCUAGUUGUGAGUACAACAGGGUCAUUGCAUUUUAAAGCCAGGGUUGUACAAGUCAUUAAAUGCCUUGGAAUCAUUUAAUCAAUCACAAAAUCAGUAAAGGCUGUUAAAAGGGGCAAGUGGUUUGGUCCAGUGAAAUGAACUAAUGUAUGUGUUGAGUAGAAUUAAGUAUGAAAGUCCUGCAUUUAAAUACCAUGUCUAUUUCAUGCUGUAGCCACAAGGGUAGAUGAGAGAGGAAAACGUUUGGUGUUCCACUUUAGACAGCAAAACAUAUUUGGGAGGGAGAGAGGGAGACCUACUGCUUUUAGAGGCAGCAGUAUGUUGACCGUAGCAUGGCUGAGAAGAUGUAUGGCCGGGGGGCGGGGAGGGCAGCAAGUUCUGUUUUGGGUUUCUGACAACAGUCCACUUGGUAGAAGCAGCAACUUUCUUUUAUUACUUCCCUCUUACUUCCUCCCGCCGCCUUUCUAAUCAGAGAGAGAGAGAGUGACUUGCUGCACAACUGUCAUCUUUUCAAAGUGUCUGCCUUUUCUAUUUGUUACUAUGUUAAGCAGUCACGUACCUUAUUAUUUAACAUUGUGGAAACAGUGACAAUUGAGGCUCUUCGGCAUGUCAUUCUCAUUGUCUUUGUUGAUUAUAAUGUUUUGAUGGAAGGCUUUGGAACUUUACAAUCUGCUGUUUUCCCCAUAUGUAACCCUUUCUCUCUUUUGUUUAUACAUAGUGUCAGUGAAAAUUACAUUUGCAGCUUGCAUAAACUGGAUAAUACAGCUUCAUGCAUCCAUCAUGCUGUGAUUCCAGUUUGCACAUACAACGCAAUCUGAGUUCUGUUUUCACUGUCCCAAUGUGUGUGGCAGUAUCUGAGGUGAUUUCUUCGUAACAGAUUUCCCUAGUGCAAAAUAACAGAGCAAUUCCAGAUUUCAGUCCGAAGUGAUUUUGCUAAUUUAUGUUUUGUUUCUAUAAAUGAUUACUGAAAUGCAUACAUUUGUAUGAUGGAAUGUCUUUCAAUCCACCUCAAUAUAGAGCAGAUAAUGAAUUCAACUGUAUGUUGUUAAUCUUCUUGGGGAAUUUACAUUAGAGAGGAGAUGAUUGACUACAUUGGAAGCAGACCAGUAUGUCUGUCCCUGCAAAAGUAUGGUCAUUGUUUAAUUAUUUGCUAAGUGUUUGGGAGCUUAGUUUUGCGUAUUGCCAAGAAGGAGCAUAUGGCUGCCUAACACUGCAUUGGCAUGUUAUUUCAGUGACAACAAGGCUGGAGAGAUUGUAUGGCCUCUGGAAUUGUAUAUCAAAGGCGUUAGAUUGUAUAAUUGUGCAAAGUUAUUAAUCUUCGUUUACAACAGAACUCUUAGCCUUCAGUAUGUAUGUCACAGCAUAAUGAUAGAUUCCCACUCUUUCUCCUCUGAUAUCUUUUUUAAAGUUUUGUUGUGAAAUCCUUAAUUACCUUAAUGUCCCCCCCAAAAAAAUAAUAAAUAAAAAGGAAUUGACAUGUUCAUCAAACUUAAAGAACACACACGCCUGACAGUGCCUUGUACUUAAACACUACAUCAUAAAACCUUAAUGUUUUGUCAGAUUUUCUGUUCUGUAAAUUCUAAACAGAUUCAAUGCUGGGAGAGAUUUAAUAGCAGCUAUGCAAUCUUUUUUUGACAGUUCAGUAUUUUUACCAAAAAGUUGGCAUGUGUCUUCCCCUCCUCCUCCUGCAAUUAUUCGAGUACGAAUGACAUAUGCAGAAAUAACAAAGUUGCCUAGACUUUCCAUACCCCAAGGACAGCUGCCUCUUCAUAAAAAGUAUUUUGACUUCUUUGUGUGAAGGCUGCUGGGUUUAUUUGAGAGAACCCAAAUAAUACAACAGCUUCUUACCAGCAUAUAGUAGUUUCCCCACUGAAUGUCAUUGGUUAAGAUUGACAAAUGCCAUUGCAUUCAAGUUGCAUUUUAGAAAAAGGAGUAUAGGAAAAUCUAACUCUUCUCAGUUUGUAUUACAGAAUGUUUUUAGCCUGCUGAGAAAUUACUUAUGUAUCAAGGAGACUGCACCAAAUCAACUAAUCUUACCCAAUUAACUUUAAAAUAUUGGUACCAUAAUCUGUUAGGUAAACAAAUUUAAUUUCUUAGAUUUUUACCAAUAUUAGUAACUAAUUGGUCAUAGUUGACAUUGACCCCACUCCUUCACCUGACUCAUCUGGCAUGUGGAGAGGAUUUGGGGCAAAGGAAGAGGCAGAUUCUGCUUUCGUUCCAUGUCUUGGAAAUGCUCAGCAGCAGCGACAGUAUCUCACAGUUGUCUCCAAGUGUGGUAUGAAGGGAGAAACUGACCCCCACCCACAGUGGUAGCUUUGUGCCUGGCCAGUAAAUGUCUUGUGUUGUGCUUUCUCCCUAGGCUGAUCCACGGAGGACAGCUGUUGAAUGGAUUGGCAGGCCCUACUGUCACUAGCGCUGCUCCAUUCCUCUCCACUACAUGGUUUUCACCAGAUGAGCGUGCCACCGCCACAGCUGUUGCAUCAUUGAUUGGUUACCUUGGUGGAGCAUGCGCUUUUUUAGUAGGACCCUUCGUGGUUCCAGGACCGAAUGGCACAUCCACAGUUGCACCUGGAAGCAGCCCGGAGCAUAUCAAAGACCGCAUUGAGGCUGUGUUGUACGCAGGUAUCGCAGAAGUAAUUUCACACUUAAUUUCAUAAUGUGCAUCCAUUAGGAGUUUGCUGGUGCCCUCUAGUGACUCAUCUGAAAAUAAAUCUCCAUGACUGUGAGCUCUAGAAUGAUUUGCCCUUAAUUGUAGGAGCCAAACACUGGUUGUGGGGUGUGUAGCUGUUGCGCUUACUGUUGCCUUGAAUAUCGCCAGUCAUUCCAGAGGUAAUACCUCUUUCAGACUUCCCAAGCCAGGCAGUUCCUCCAGCAAACAUUUCAUGAGAUGGUUUAGUUCUGCUUUUUUCAAUAACAGUUUUUCAUAAGUCAGUAAAGUCCAGAAUUAGCUGCUUUCCUCUGUAAAUCAUUUUUAAGUUACCUUCAAAAUAUUUUUAUUUUUAUGUAGAUUUUUGUCUACAUAAAAAUGGUAGGAAACUGCUUUAUCACAGUAAAUAGUUGUGUUAGGCCCCAUCAUUUAUUUUAGCCCAAACACAAAUGCCUUAAACUGAUUUUCACGAAAUUCAAAAUGCUGUCUCCGAAUACAUUGGUCAUGCAACUUUUUCAGGAAUUACAUUGUGAGCAGCGUUUAGCAGAAUUUUAGGAUCCUGAUCAUGAAAAGAAGAAUUGCUUUGAUCUUGGAUUUAAGAAGAAAUGCAAAAUAAAAUCUUUAAUAAACAAAUGUGAAUGGCCAAUUCAAACUUAAUUUGUUUUGGUAUCAGUGUUCACAGCUAUCUUCCAGGGGUCAAUAAUUGAGCACAAUUUGUUCCAUUUUGGCUCCACUAGGCAGAAAUUGCUUUGCCUCUGAUGUAUUUCUAAAGGCAGGCAGCCACAGACCUCCAGGGCAGCCACUAAGAAGACAUUUCCCUUAUAUAUGAAUGUGAUGCAAGGGUGGUAGCAAGUCUAGGCUGGGAUUGAAAAGGAACACAAAGGAAAAGUAGUCCGCAGAUUGUAGCCCCCCCCCCCCCCGCCCCCGUAACAAGUUUAUAUUAACAAGCAGAUGCUGACUGGAGGUAUGCUGGCUGUUUAGCUGUAAUAAUAAAUAUUCAUUCAUUCACUCACUCACUCACUCAUGUUGACUGGAGAGGAAAUGGCUGGAGUGUUGUGUUAAUGCAGAAACAUUAAAAUGUAUCUGUUAGGCAUGUGUUUAUAUUAGUUGUUAGCUGGAAACUUACAAGUAAUCAAGGAAUAAAAAAGUAGUUGGUUUUUCAAGAGGAAAACUUUGACUUCCAUUCAUUUCCAUAGCUGGGAACUGCUUAAAAUGCAUUCUCACUUGUUGUGUACCUACUGGACCUUUUAAUUUGUUGUUUGCCUUACAUAUCGAUCUGAUUUGAUCAUUAAAGCCUUUGGCAGUGAGGGCCAGGACACUAACUGCCCACAGCACCAAUGUAGUAUAGCUAAAAAUGACAAACUAAUUUUGCAGGCCGGCCGGGCAGUGUAAACUUUCAGCUGUUGUGAAUACUUUCCAUACCGGUAUAUUGUAUUUUAUUUAAAUAUUUAUCAGUCCUUUUCUGAACCAAGCUCCCAAAAGAUAGGGAACAAAAUAUAAGCAUCAGACAAACAAAAUAAACCAACAAUAUAUUAAGUGUAACUCAGCUGGUAUAAAACAACAAAACAGCAGCAUGGUGAAUAAAACAUAUACAUUAAAAUCAAUAUGAAAACUUCUGAAAUAGCAACUGGUGCCCGCCAAUGUAGUCUUGAUUGAUUGAUUGAUUGAUUGGUUGGUUGGUUGAUUGUAUUUUUGAAAUUCCUAAUCUGCCCUCUAUCAGAACAUGCUAUCAGGGCUAGAUAUUAUCACAUAAACAGAAAUUUAAAAUACAACAACAAAUUCAGAGUAGAUAAACAAUAAAACAAUGACUACAGACCCAGGCCAUAUUUGCCACUAGAGAGAAUGUAUAAUAAUAAUGCUGCUGCUGUAUCCAGCACAGUAGUUAUGCUUGUGAAGCAGGGUUCUGUUUCCUUUCCUUCCCUGCACAUCUCCAAAAUCUGCUCUGUAGGGUGUCCCAACGCUCUGGAAAUAAUUUGGGUAUGUGUGGGAGGCUGGAAAAAACAGAAGAGGAAUAGGAAGUUUAUUGUGUUGGUCUGUUGUGUGGGUAGAGCUGUAACACUGGAUUCAGCCCAUACAAAACUAGAAAUAUUUACCCUUCACUUAGCAGACCUGUCAAACUCUUUGCAUCAUACUCAUUUUUUCCUCGAAAAAAGGGGAACGAGUUUGGGGGUUUUUGGUGAGUGAUGAUACUGGCUUUUUCAGAACGUGUUGCCUUAUCACAGAACGGUUUUUCUUCUAGCUUUUUGGAUUAUGGUUAUUGAUUCUUUAGUGUAAAGAAGCUAAUAUUUAUAGGGCAUUGGGACAACCUUAUAUAUUACAAUUGGGCAGGGAAGGCAGUUGGGCCAAAUGUUGUAUGUUCUUGUAAAUGGAUGCUUGAGAUUAAUUUGGCUGCCACUAGGCAGGUACAGCUGAAUAAAGCUGAAUGAAUUUAUGUAGACCUGCUUGCUGGUUUUACUGAAAACAUUUGAGUUGAGUUGAAUCAUUGUUUCUUCAUUGAUGUGACUUUGUAUAAAACUCUGCGUUGGAAAAGCUAUGCGAUUUGUACCAUAGUUCUCUUGAUCAGGUUGCUCCUACAUUUUUGAACAUGGGAUGCUAAAAGUGAACACCAGGAACUGGGAGGUGCUUCUGUGGUUUUCUGUUGCACAUGCUUCCUUUUGAAGCAUCAAGGACUUUUAAUUUGUCAGAUACAGGAUACCGACUAGGUGCCACUUCUGUCUGGUCUUCUGUUUGGAUUCAACUUUAGUGAAUAAUGCCAUGACUAUUGCCUUCGUUUUUCAUAUGUUCUGACCUCCUCUGCUUCAUCCCUACAUGGUUUGUCCCUUCUGCUGACACAUGCUUUCAGACUCUAUUCUUAGAUUUAAUUACUUCUGUGCUAGUAUUGGAACCCUAUUUGAAACUUAAAUUUAAAGGCAUGGAUGGACUCCAAAUAGCAUAUUAGGCUGCUAUGAACCCCAUACUCUUGUUGUUCCUUCAGAUGCUCACAUAGCAUUUUGGACAGGAUGCUUCCUUCCUGUUGCGCUUUUCAUCUGAAAUGGUUUUCCUGCACUUUCCAUUUCAGUCACUUCCCCUGCCCCUUGUUGCUUUCUAGUACUACACAGUGCUUUUGCAAUUAAUCUUCUACUCCUAAAAUUCUACUGAGAAUUUAUGUAGGAGUUUAGAUUGCUAAAAGCUCUUCCCCUACAUUGUCCCAGUAAAGCUGCAGUUUAUAUAUUUAACUCGGAGAUUGCAAUUUGCCACUUGUCUACAUGGCCUGGGGUGAAAUAGCAAUUACUCAGUGAAGGAAUAACAUUAGGUGGUGGUGGUGGGGUUGAUGGUGUCCUAGUUGCCUGUCCUUUAAAGUUGAGGCAUUCUACAUCUCUUAGCCAAGGGAAAGAUCAAAACUUUGCAGUGGCGGUUGUCCUUUAAAACCUGUCUCAGGUGCCUGGUUUUAUAAUACUGGGACUGGCCGGAACAUCAGAGAGAGUGGACCCUGUGAGCAAAGAGUACUGUAUGUGUUUGUUCAUUCCUUGUAUUUAGUUAGAUAUUCAGAUGUAUGUAUGUAUGUAUGUAUGUGUGUAUGUAUGUAUAUGUAUAUAUAUAUGUGUGUGUGUGUGUGUGUGUGUGUAUACACACACGUACACGUAUGUCAUAUUCUCUGCUGUUUCUGUGCACCAGGGUUCACUUUUUAAUCAAUGUGUGGAUCAAAUCGUAUAUUCUGUGAAUAUUCAUAUUCCAUUCCUGUUGCACAUCAGUAAGGUGGAUUCCCUAUUGCCUCUUCUUGUUUGUUUUUUUGCACCUGUGGAUAAAGAUUUUCCAGAAGCGAUUUGAGUUGAGAUCUGUUACUUCAGUUUAUCUGAACCAAAUUUGAAUUGCUUUGGUUUCGCACAUAUAUUUGCAUUGCUGAUAUUGUUGAGUGCUUUGAGGUGUUUCAUAUGAAACGAUAAUAGGAUAAUAAUAGGAUGAUGAUGAUGAUGAUAGCAGCAGCAGCAUCUACCAUAAUGGUUUGUUUUUCCCAUUUGUAUUCCCUUAGAAUUUGGCUUCGUGGCCUUGAUAUUCUCUGCAGCCCUUGCCUACUUCCCAUCACGUCCUCCAUUUCCACCCAGUGUGGCUGCAGCUAGCCAGAGGCUCAGCUACAGAAGAAGUUUUUGUAGGCUAUUAAGGUAUGUAUACUUUGGCCAGCUUGGUACAGGAGGUCAUGGCACUCCUGCCCUUUUUAUAAUGUUUGUGGGUUUUAAAAUAAUAUUGUAAGCUACAAUAUUAAGCUACAGUAUGUAUUGUAGUGUGUUGUAUUGUAAGCUACAAUACAUACUGCUUUUCCAGGGUGCAGUCUUCCACAAUUUUGAAAUUACGUAGUCUCAACAAUUACUAUGGUACAACAAAAUGACAUUAUAAGAGAAAGGCAUUUUAAAAGCCAGUGGAACAGAUUAGUUUGUUCAUGUUGACUAAGAAGCUGAAUCAGUUCUCUAUUUUUAGUGAAGAUUUUGUGUAUCUUCAUCGAAGCAAAAUGAAGUCUCCUUACUAGUGUUAGACUUACCAGUCAAGCCUAAAUUGUGCAAGGAAAAUGAACUAUGCAGCAUUUUUUGUUUUUAAAAGUUUUUCUAAAACUGUAGGGAAAUACAUUCAGGGAUCAUUUCUAUAGUUCUUUACUUCUAGAGAAGUUAACUUGAAGGUGGUCUGCUGAGCAAACCAUGAGGAGUCAAGUGUUAUUUUCUGAGUGUGAACUGAGUGGGUAGCAAAAUGUAUCUGUUACUUACUAUUGAUGACCGUUCUGCCCUCCUUAUAUAAGAAGAUUGACAAGAGGAAACAGAGACUGAGUGGAGAGAUAAAAACAUCGGGGGGGUGAUCCUUUCUACUUUGGGUGGCGCACCAAUGAACAGAGUGAUUCCCCCAUAAGUCUUAAUAAUUCCUGUUUAUUCUCUACUUAACCUAAACUUUCAAAUAUACCUUUGGAAAUAAUCACUAGAAGCUUACUCUUUCUUAAGGCAAAAACAGAGCUUCUCGGGGAGCCUUCUUUUGCAGACAAACCUGUGUUCUAUGCUUUUUCUGCAUGCUCACAAAAUUAUACCAUACGCCCUUGCUAUACACUAAUACAUGAUUCCUCAUUUAUAUUCUCAUCAUUUCCUGACACGCCUUGGAAACUCAAGAGAAGAUAAUCUCUCAAAUGAUUUAUUCUUCUUCCCAGAGAACUUGAGUACUGCAAGGACAGAGAAGAAGAGACCCCAAUUCCUCUGUUAAUUGUGGCUUAUAUUUUUUGGGUCCCAAAAUGGAAUUAGCCAGUCAGUAGAAACCGAGGAGUAUGCAAGAUACUGUUUUAUAUAUAUAAAGUAUCAAUUUCCAUUUAGGACACUUGGCACCAUUUUUGCUGCUGUCACCUGAGAGCCAGCCUCCUUGUCUGCCUGCGGGCUGUGUUGUAAAAAUGUUACUGUCAAAUAAAAACCUGAAUAACAGCUGGAUCUGCAGGUGGAAUAUAAAAUGCCUAUUGACAGGGCUCCAUCUGGGAGCUAUGUUAAUAAAAUGGAUGCUUGUUCAUAAUAUUCUAAACGCUGAAUCUGAGAUCCCUGUAAAGUUGAAUGGAGAACUACAAAAGUUCAAAUUUACCAGCCUUUUAAAGAUAAAAGAAAAAAGAAUACACUCCUAUACUAACAUACUGAAUAUAUUUCUGUCUAUGAGGCUGUAAUUUGAAAUGCUGGUCACGAUCAAUAAUAUAAGAGCAGACUAAUUCUAUGUUGGCUAUUUCCCUUUUAAGAAGCCCUUGGAACUUGCUCUUUCAUUUAUCUUGUACACUAUAUUUUCCUGACCUUCCAAAUGUUUCUUCUUAAUUUUUUGUCUCUUGAGUAGGUGUGUCUGUGUCUUUGUGUAACUAACCUGUCACUGGGUGGAUGUUUUAAAUGGUUUGGGGAUAAUUAUGAGGGUAAAAUGGGGAGGAGAAGCAUCUACACCACCUUGAGCUCCAUAUAUAAAUGAAAUAAAUAAAUACAGAUAGUCCACAGUAUGCAAAUUGUGUAUGCUGUGCAAAUGUAAUAAUCUCGAAAGCUGUUGCCUUCAGAAUUCUUCAUGUGCUAUCAGAGCGUAUACUGGUCAGGUUUAAUCACGGCAUUGUUAUUUAGAAUCUAGACAACGAAUGAAUAGUGCAGAAGUUUUUCUCUUGAACUAUUGUAGUUACUGGCCAGUAAGUGAUUUGCAUUGAGCUGUCUUUACAGAUUGUGUUGUGUAAGCUCAUUUAGGAAUAUGCAGUGUGAUUAUUAUUUUUGGAUGCCAGCAAUACGCUGCUGCUGUUCCAUCCUUGCUUCAAUGCAAACUGGGGGGUUGGUGUUGGCAAUUCGUCCUCUGUGCAUCCUAUUCAGUGUCCUUUCUUUUCUAUUUGUAAUAUUUGUGCUGAAGUGUGCAUCAACAUUGAUGUCCAUGUUGUGUGAUCAGUGUACAAUUUACCGUAUUUUUUGCUCUAUAAGACUCACUUUUUCCCUCCUAAAAAGUAAGGGGAAAUGUAUGUGCGUCUUAUGGAGCAAAUGCAGGCUGCGCAGCUAUCCCAGAAGCCAGAACAGCAAGAGGGAUUGCUGCUUUCGCUGCACAGCGAUCCCUCUUGCUGUUCUGGCUUCUGGGAUUCAGAAUAUUUUUUUUCUUGUUUUCCUCCUCCAAAAACUAGGUGCGUCUUGUGGUCUGGUGCGUCUUAUAGAGCGAAAAAUACGGUAAUUAGCUGUGUCAGCUCAUGCUUGUUUGCCUACCGUAUUUAUCUGCUACUUUUCAGAUAAAUGUCACAGAGUAGUUUAUAUCAAGUCUGGGGAAUCUGUGGGCCCACCAGAUGUUCUUGGACUAGCUUCCAUCAUCUGUGGUCAUUGACAGUCCUGGGUGGGCAAUCAUAUCUGGUAUAUGGUUCCCUAGCCCUAACUUACAUAAAAUAUUAAUUCAGUAAGUACUACUAAAACUAUGUAAUAAAACAGUAAAGACAAGCAGCAGAAGGAGAAACUAUAGAGAGUCAAAUUUCCUCUCAGAGAAGGAUAUUAAAUAAAUGGUAUGUGUUUUGGUUUUCUUGUUUUCUGAGUAGAGUCUUGGGUUCACAAUAACUGGUUCAAGGAUCGUAUUGGGUUCUUGUUAUGUACCGUAGGUGGUCCCCACUCCAUUGUGUCCCCCCUCCACUAGCAUUGCCUCUGAUUCUUCUGCUGUGCUUGCGUUGGCCCACCAUUGUAGUGUCUUCAAACACUUUGCUGAAGCGUGACUUGUGAUGCUGCACAGGUGGAGCUGCAGGCAUUGCACUUGAUGCUGUUCACCCAGAAUGGAUGAGGCUGUUUAUCAUAGCUAUUAAUGGAAGGUGUUUAAUCAUUUUUGUCUAGAGUAAGUAGCUUAUUUUAUAAUUGGUUGUAGCAGAGUGAAUUAUUUCUUGCUUAAGAAGCAGGAAGCUAGAAGUCUAUGACUACUAAGCCUUAGCAUUUAUUUCUUUGUGCAGGAUUGCAUCCAGCUAAGUAACUGUGGGCAUGGAAUGGUUCUGUGAGCAUUCCAUGAGUGAAACUUUCCCUCCCUCUGCUCCCCUUGCAUAUACUCCAGAUCUGCUCUGGGGAUUCUUCCAACCCUUCGGGGCAGAUUAGUGGGUAUGGGGAGAAGAGGGAGUUAGUUGUUAAAUUUCUUCAAAUAUUACUUCUAAAUAUUACCUUUAUUUUAAUCACUUGAGAGAAAGAUGACUGGCUGUAGCUUUCAGUAGGCUGGUACCAUGUGUUUAUGUUUGUGUGCAUUUUAAACAAAUAGAUUAUAAAUUAUGUUCUAAAGCUUUACAUUGGAGAAGAUUCAAUUUGGUAAGUUUUUUCCUUAUUCAAUAGUUAUAUCAUGUGGCAUCUCAAUUCAGUCUUGGUAUAUAGCUACUACUAAAUAGUGGCAGGACCAUUGCCAACAUCAUUUACUGGUUAUCCAAAUGACCAGUUUUUCCCCGGCUCUGUGAACCAUUUCUCCUAUGCCUAGAAUGGAUCUUCUACCUUUUCUGUACCUAAAAUAGUUUUAAACCUAACUAAAUGCAGCAGAGAUCGAUUGCACUGCAAAAUACUGAUGCUAUAAAUUACAGCAGGUGCGGUUUAGUAUAUGAGGUGUGGGAAGAAAGAAGGAAUCCUAAUAGUUUAAAUAAUUCUGCCAUCUCAACGGACAUGUUAGUAAUUUUGAAAAGGUUAAGCAGAGAAUGGAAAGGCAUGAGAACACGAUAAGUCUUCCAUUCCCUUAUUAAUAAGAAAACCAACAUGAGCAUUUGGUGAAGACUAUAUUUAUAAUGCCUUUUAUGUCAGAAUAAAUGGCUUGGAGCAUGGUGCAGAAUCAAAAGGUGUUUCCAUCUCAUUGCUACAUGUGAGAAGAAAUUUGAAAGCAGGGCUGUAAAGAGAAUGCCAUAGCUGCAUUAUGUGUAAAUCAACCUCGUUGCUGUAGGUGCAUUAUGUGUAAAUUGCAUUGAAACAGUUCUUUAGAAGGAAAUUAGCAUAUAGGUGAUGAUGGUGAUGAUAAAAUCUGGGGUUUGCAACAGCUGAUCAUGUCAUUUCUGUGAAAUUUUGCUUGGGUAGUUACUUUUGUUUAAGGAUUUUUGAAAAAUUAACUGUUGCUCUUGCAGUAGGGCUCUUUUUUGUGGAAGCUGACUUGUUGGUAUGGGAAGCAAUUGUUCUGCUCAUAUAAAGCACGUGUACAAAAUGACGCUUCCCAUACCAACAAGUCAGCUUCCACAAAACGGAGCCCUACUGCAAGAGCAACAGUCCCCAUCUGACCUGCUGACCCAUGCUACUGUACUUAACAGGGAAAAGACAAAUUCUUAAUACAGAACAUAAUACUGAUUUACUGGCCAUGCCUUUAGUAAAUCAUGGGCGGUGAAGCUGUAUGAUCCCCGCAGUUCUCAAAUGGAAACAUUUGAGAAGCAUAUACUUCUUUCUAAACAGAUAACAGCUUGUUGUUUCCUUCAUUUACAGUAAAGUUGUUUCUUUGGGGCUUUUCUGUCAGCUCUUGCUUACUUGACAAGGUGAUGAUGAUACAGCUUUCACAGCUUCACCUUUAGUGUGCAGUGAAGGUGAAUUGUUUUUAAGAGGGGGAAAACGCUGAAUCCCUUAGCACAGCUUAUUGGAGUUGUCUCUCUGUCUUAAUGGAAAUGGUAGUCACUGUUUCCAAAUUCCUUUCUUCUUCCCUUCCCCCUUCCAAAGGCUUUCAAGUGAAUAAUUUCUAUAGAUUUAUUUGAAUACUGCCAUUUUUUGAGAUUUUUCUCCUUGUGCCGUUGACACUUGUGCCGUAAAUCACUAUGUUGCUAGGCAAAAAUAGAUUUGGAGAGGCACAUUUGUACAGGAUCUUGUUUGCCAUUUCAGCAUAUCACAUUAGUUAUCAUCUGAUGUAAGUGAAGCUGUGCUUCUUUCUUCCUCUCAUGGUUUCAGUAGGGCACAGGCAUGACAUAUUUGAAAAAGGUUGAAGAGUUUUCUGUAUAGUGCACUCUACCGGGUAGUUGGCUGUUCAGCCAGGUACCCAGCUCAACAACUGUGUGUCUUCGAGCCAAGUUUGUUACAUGUGUAGUAAACACACAGAUGUUGUUCUUUGAUGGAUGAAUGGUGUGUACUUGGCAAAAAAUCACUUCCUUUGUUUACUAUUUGAUAAACAAAUAGCUAAAGAAAAAGAGAAGAGUGCAAUUAAGCAGAUGUUUCAAGUGCUUACAUGUAUAUUACAUUUUACCUCAUUGGCUGUUUUUAAGAAUAGCAUUUCAGCUCUUACCAUUCCACCCAAGUUGGAGCUAAUUCUGUAGAAUUAAGCAGCAAUUGAAGCAGUGAGGGGAGAAAAUGUAACUGCAGACAACCUUCAGCAUGGUUCUCAGUUAUAUUUUGAUUUUAAGCUAGAUAUCCUGUAGCUCAUGCUGCAAAAAUAAUAUCCAUAAUUUAGGGCUCCGUGUUGCUAUGGCUCAGGGAUCGCUCCCAACACCACAAUCUACCAGCUCUAUAGCCAUGUUCCCUGCUAUUGAUAGGAGUCUAAUAGGGUGGAAAUGCAAAUGGAGCUGCAGGCAGAAGCCAGUUUCUGAGUUUCUGUUUGUUUUUCAUGCUGGUGUGUAAUCGAGGAACUGAGGUGUGUCUGAAUAGUAACAGCAACAAAUAAAGUUGAAAAAUAUUAUUUGUUACUAAAAUAUUUUGCUUUCGGCACUUAAUGAAGUGAUUCUUGUUGUCUAACAAACGUUAGCACUCAAGGCAGUUUAAUAAAAAUAAUAACAAUGUUGAAGGCAAGGAAAGUCUGAAGCAGAAGCAUGUCCUACAGAUCACGCUGGAACAUAAUUAAUGCUUUUAAAAUGUGGUGCCAGAAAGAAGAGCUUAGCAACAGCAGUGUGAAGUACAGUAGGAAAGCACCUUAUUAGCAGCUGCUUCUUUGAUUGUUCAGUCAUAUACUUGGAGGAGACUAAAAAGAAAUCUUGCCUAAAUUCCUGUCACAACAUUGUGCUAUCUACUUGCUUAGCGUCCUGGCAAAUCAGCUUAAUGCAAUUCAUAUACAGUGGUACCUCGGGUUAAGUACUAAAUUCGUUCCGGAGGUCCGUUCUUAACCUGAAACUGUUCUUAACCCGAACCACCACUUUAGCUAAUGGGGCCUCCCGCUGCUGCUGCGCCGCUGGAGCAUGAUUUCUGUUCUCAUCCUGAAGCAAAGUUCUUAACCCGAGGUAAUAUUUCUGGGUUAGCGGAGUCUGUAACCUGAAGCGUAUGUAACCCAAGGUACCACUGUAUUAGUGUUCUACAAAGUGAAAGCACAUUAAAGUAAAUGCAGGGCCCCAGUAGCACUGGGUGAAUAAAAAAUGCCAACCUACACAUUUCGCCCUGCCUCAUACAUUUAGCUGGGGGCACCACUGAGCAAGUGACCGUAAGUUUGUUCGUUCCCUCAGCCUAAUAAGCACCUCUAUGAACCGUCCAAUCACACACAGUUCCUUUUUUUUUUUUGAGGGAGAGAGAAGCCAAACAAACUCUGUCUCCAUGAGACACUGAAGUGGAACACCUGGGUUACAUUGAAGAUUAUUUUGUGGGGAUGAGGUGCCCUUGUAGUUUUUCCACCAUACUGUUUCAGCUUGUACCUCCCCCCCCCCAAAUGAAUCAGGCUUAUAAGACAAGACAAAGCAAUUCCUUUCAGCUCUUUAGUGUCCCUCAAUAUUUGUCCUGCUACAAAUUUCCCUCUAAAAUAUGUGGUAACAACAUCUGAACAUGACAGAAUUCCAUCCACAAGCUGUGACUUCUUGCAAUAGUUAUGUGACUGCAGAGGUACUUAACCUUUGAUAAGCCUUUAGCGUUUAUAUAUGGUGCUAUUUAGAUUUAGUUAUUGAUUUAAUUCCAUUUCUGAGUUUCCUAAUAAAAGUUUUCACUGGGUGACAUGCACAGUGAAGUCAACAAAGUUAAAACAGAACAACUUGAUAAUCUUAUAUUGGCAAAACUGUUCCUAAUUAUUAUUUUCCUUUCAGCAACCCACGGUUUCUGAUGAUUGCUCUAGCCUAUGCUAUACCAUUGGGUGUUUUCUCGGGAUGGUCUGGUGUUCUAGACUUGAUAUUAACCCCAAAGGACAUAAGCCAAGUAUGUAUAUGUGUAUAUUGUUUAGCUUAGCUUAUGCAUCAUAGGCAAAAUACUGGUUUUGCUACUGGUAACUGAACCAACCAAGCAGGAUGCACUGGAGACUAUGUCCUGCUUUUGUAGUAAAAGUGUCAGCGGGUUGGAGUUGAAAUAGAUGCUGAAAACAUUUGCAGAUAACAGAGGCUAAGGAAAAAGGAUAACACUGGCGUCUUUUGAAAUGCGUGUAUUAACAUUUUUAAAAACUAAAUCCUGUAGAAAUCUAGGAGGGAAAUGUUAUCAAGUGAAACUAAUUGGCAAUAGAUUUGAGUUAGACAAAAGGAGAUAUUUAAUCAAACAUCACAAAAUUCACUUAUACUAUUUGCUGCCACAAGAAAUGGUGACUGUCAUUGUCUUAGAUGACUUUGAAAAGGAGAUUAGACAAAUUAAUGGAGAAUAGGUCUAUCAAAGGUGAAAUAGAACUACAGAGUGCUGUACCUCUGAAUUCUAGUGGGUAUUUGCUUAUAGUAAAUACUAUCAUGGUUACUGUGCUUGAAAUAACACAGUGUUGUUCACUCUUAAAUCUUUUCUAGGUGGAUGCAGGUUGGAUUGGAUUUUGGUCUAUUGUAGGAGGUUGUAUUGUUGGCAUAGCACUGGCAAGGUAAGUAUCACAGUCUUACUUCAUUUUAUUUUUCUUCAUUGCAAUUGUCUUUUAGUUAUACUGAAACAAUACCCCUCAGGAUCAUUUCCUGUCAUCUAUGACAAUUGUAAAAGAAGAAAUGCUUUUCUGUGGGGGGGGGGGGAAUAGGUUCAUCUUCUAGCAUAGCAAUUUGUGUGUUUCAUGAUCUUUUUAGGCAGUGACUGCUGGAAAUUCCAUUUGCUCAGUCAUCAAACUGAGCAGUUCAUAUUAUUGUGUUUGACAAGUGCUCCCUAUCCACUCCAUCCAAAGGUGGAAAGAACCACUUAGGUAAAAUAAUCAAGGAACCAUCAGUGGGGUUUUCCUACCUGUUUGCUUUCAGCUCCUCCAUUACAGAUGUGAUGGAUUCCUCAACAGAAUAGUUAGAGAAAUUUGAUAGCUCUGAUGUCAUGUUGAGGUUUUUUGUUUUAGAGAAGAAAAGUAGGGCUUACGAGGUGCAGUUAAUUUACAAGUUCUCUGAUUUAUUAACUGCUCAGAGAUAACAAACCCAAAUAUUACACUGUGGUUUGAUGCUGGUGUGGUAUCAUAUUUUGUUAUCCUUACUAUGGGGGAAAAAUUGGUAGAGCAUCUAGCUCAGCUGGUAGAGACUCUUAAUCUCAGGGUCAUGGUUUUGAGCCCUACACUGUGCAAAAGAUUCUUGCAUUGCUGGGGGUGGACUAGUUGACCCUUGUGGUCCGUUCCAGGUCUACAAUCCUCUGAUUCUGUUAUCCCCUUGCCUAUAGAGUCUUCUUAUAAGGGUUAAGAAUUGAGUCUCUUGAUGCCACUGGUGCUUCAAAUCCACAAGUUCUUUUGAGCUGGGGCUCCCCCAUAUUAUCAGGUCCUACAUCCUGUAUAAGACUUUGUCCUCCCAGCCCUUGUGGAAUUGGGCUCCACAAAAAUUCUUCUAUUGCUGUGGAGUUCGAAAAUGAUUUCGUAGCAGUUACAAAAGACAUUAAAAGAGUAUUCUGAGACUGAAAGCAAGUUUUAUGUUUUAAAAAUUAAUCUACUACAAAAGGUCAAGAUUUUACAUAAUAGGUCUGAGUCAGCAGAUAUGCACUAGCAUCAUCUUAUGACUAGAAGAGGAUGGCCUUCCAAGCUCAGUUUAAGAGCACAAUAUAAUUUAUGAGCAGAAGAAGGAGCUUCCCAGUAUUUAAAAGCGUCUAUAGAAGCUUGGAAAUAGUUUUUAACAUGAUAUAGGAGAUUACUGUUAUUGAAUGGAUGUUGGCACAUUUUGGGUUGCUGUUCUGUGUCUUAAAUCCCAUGGCUGUCACGAGUUCUGCUCUCUCACCUCUGGAAUCUUUUUUAGUAUCUCCUCCUAUUCAACAGCCAUUGCUUAUUUGUACAUGUUUCUGGAAACUUAAUGUAGAAAUGAAGUUGAACAGAUUUAAUUAGAGAGUGAAAUCUGUUGCCAAGAUUAGAUUGGCCAUAUUUGAACAUUAGAAAAAUCCUUGGGGGUUUGUGACUAGACUGUAUUGUGGUGAGCCUUAGGUUCUUGUAUCUCCCUCCUUCACUCAAAACAGAUUUGAAGCUUCCCAUACUGGUUUGUAACUGUCCUGCCUCAACAGGUGUGGACUGUGGGUGGGCCCAAGCCCUAGAAUCCAAGGAGGCCAAGGCUUCACACACGAGAUUGCCAAAGAAGACAUACAGAGACAACCAGGGUGAUUCACAAGUAUUUAGCCUAAUUUGAAAACUUAAUCCAGUGUCAGGAACAGAGGAGAUCUAGUCUAGGCAAAAGAAGUCAAGGAGUCUGGCGUUUGGGAGCUUGAAGAGCUGUGUUUUUCUUCAGCAACUGUGAAGCUCAAGGAAGGGGCUGAUAAAAUCUGGCCUACCAGGCUGAGCCUAAUCCCAGGCUGGUGUUUGAGGGCAUUCUAAGAGCCCUUUAUUUCAAGGAAUACCUUUACCCCUAAAAAGGGGUUUACUCUUGAGUUGUUCUGUGACUGUGGGCUUUUGGGCACCUACUUAGUUGUGCACCUGUUGCCUGGACUUGAAUAUUUAGGCACCUGUACUCAAGGUGAGGAGGGAUAUCUCAGCCUCUCCCUCAGACUCUACUAGGGGUUUAUGGCACUCUGACCCUAACGGCCCCUCAACAGGAUUCUGUAGAGGCUCCCUUUCAAUUCUAAGGAUCUUCAGUACUGACGGAAGGAAAUCUCAUCUGCUUCUCCCAGUCUUCAGACAGCUGGAGGUCCAGUUUGUCCCCUGUGGAUUCUGUUUUCUGGACUGGGGUUGGGCAUAGCAAUAACAAACUUCAGUUUCUUGCUUCAUCUGAGCUAUUUAUUUAUUGGAUUUAUAUACCACCUGUCAUCAAAGGAUCUCAGGGGGGUUCACAAGAUAAAAAUGCAGCAUAAAAACACAAAUAAGUAGCUUAAAGGUUGUGGAGUAUUAAUCAGCCAAAGGCCUGGUUGAAGAGGAAUGUUUUCACCUGGCUCCUAAAGAUGAAGGUGCUCUUAAAUUGGCAAACCAUUUUCUAGUCUUAAGAUGACUAGUGCAGAUAUGCUGACUUCAUGUAAAUCCUGACCUUUUGUGAUAGAUUGAUUUGUUAAAUAUGUAGCCUGGUUUCAGCCUCAUAAUAUCCUUUUAAUGUCUUCUGUAGCUGCUACGAAAUUGGUUGCAAAUUCCAUAGCAUUGUAGAUAUUCUGUGGACCCCAGUGUUGCCUCCUUCAGCCUAAUCAUUUCUACUUUUUCAGAAAAAGCUAACUGACUGUUGCCAGAUAUCUCUUUCUGAUUAAGUAGCUUUAUAGUUUCAAACAUAGGGUUUUGGGCACACAAGGAGCGGCGGUUUGCCACUUUUGAUGGAUGACUGCCCCCUUUUAGGCCUACUCAGCAGUUAUCUAUGUACAGUUGAAUCAAUGUCUGUGCUGACUAUAAUUUGCUGAAACUUGUAAUUAGGAAAAUUAGCUAAUGAUUCUUGUCAAGUGUGACAGGCUCAUGUAUUUCAAAGUCAGUCCUGUGACUUACCAGGCAGGCAGCCUGGUACCUAUUGUAAUAGCUCAGUGUGGGGGUGCUUUGUGUUCUACCAGCUGCUAAUUUUCUUACAUCAAGCGUUUCCUUUUAGGAACUAUAGUGUAGCUUUGCUUCCUCCUAGUCUCUCAGUUCCUCCUUUCAUCACACUUAAAUCUCAAUAUAAUUUCACUCUGCUUAUGAACAUUAUUUACCUGCUAUCUGAAAUAUGUAAAAGAAACUAUAUUCAAGUGUCCUUCCCAUUUUCGAUGAUGCACAAGCUGUCAUUUGGAUGCCAAACUAUCUCUGCAAGCUGUAGAAAUGUUUUUGCGGGUGUUAACAGAAUCAUGCCUGUCAAAGGAAGGCACAGUUGGAAAAUAAGUUCUCAAAUUUCAUUAUUUUGUUACCCGUAGUGUACCGUGUCUUCCUUCACAUGAGAUUUAUGCCCUUGAUCUUGCCACUCCAAGCCCCAGACCAGGAGCGUUGAGAUAAUUUAUAUGGCAUGUUUAUGAUUGAAGAGCCUUCAAUAUUUUAUGCAGCUGGCGGAUAUUGCACCCUUUCCUUAGCAGUGAUAGACUAGACUGGUGGUGGGGAGGGGAGAAAAAUCAACUUCAAACAGUGACAAUCUCAUGUUUUUGUUUUUUUUAAAUCUGCAGAGCAACACAAAUCAACCUCUCCCCCCACCCCCCGACAUUUUUCUUGUUGCAUUCACUAAUGAUAAGAGAUAUUUUUCAGAUUUUGUCCUUCACAGCUCAGAAUUUCCUUCGUCUUUUAAACAGCAGCAAAGUCAAAAUGCAGCAACUUUGUAGCAUGGUGUAAUUUCAGUAGCAAUGAGCAGCAGAGUUGGCAGCAGGAGGCCCCAUUAGCUAAAGUGGUGCUUCAGGUUAAGAAAAGUUUCAGGUUAAGUACGGACCUCUGGAACGAAUUAAGUACCGUAUUUUUCGCCCUAUAGGACGCACUUUUUCCCCUCCAAAAAAUGAAGGGGAAAUCUGUGUGCGUCCUAUGGGACGAAUACAGGCUUUCGCUGAAGCUUGAAGAGUGAGAGGGGUCGGUGCGCACCGACCCCUCUCGCUCUCCAGGCUUCAGGAAGCUAUCAGCAAGCCUGGGGAGCCCGCGGGAGUUCCCGCAGGGCUCCCCAAGCUGCGGAUAGCAGCUUGCCGCCCGGCGCGGGGCGCCCUGAAGCAGAGCGCCCUGCGCGCCGGGCAGACAUCAGCCAGCCCCACAAGCUCGGGGGACAGCGGGGAGGCGCAGCGCCGCCAUACCGCUGUUCCCUGACCUGGUUUGGGGGGGGGGAAAUAAAGGAAAUUUUUUUUCCCCUUUAUUUCCCCCCCAAAAAACUAGGUGCGUCCUAUGGGACGGAGCGUCCUAUGGGACGAAAAAUACGGUACUUAACAAUUUGGCUAAAGUUUACAGAAUUUGUGAAGGGUUUGUUAAUUGUGAUUUGUGUUCCUUUCAGGUUUGCCGAUUUUAUCCGGGGAAUGCUGAAACUUAUACUGCUUCUGCUAUUGUCAGGAGCAACUUUGUCAUCCAUCUGGUUCACUUUGACGUGUUUAACAACUGUCAGUCAUCUUCCUUUAACUACAGGUAUGCUAAUGCCCAGCCUUGUCAAAUAAAUGGUUUUGGUAGCGGUUCUUAGAUAUGUGAGAUGUUGGAAAAAUAGGUUAUCUUGCAGAUUAAUUCUCAAUAAACUGUUUUAAUUCUGUGGUGCUGCUGGGCAGGGGAGAUUAGCAUACAUUGUGGGAUUUUUAUUUUAUUUUUUUGCAGUCACUUCUGAACCCCCAGUGCUACAAUGUAACUCAAGCCGCUUUGUAAUGUAUAAUGAAGCAGAGGAGACAGCUGUCAGAAUUGACAGUGUAAGACCAAUUCACAUAUGCAAGACUGGACUCUUGAAAUCUUCACGUCCAUUGACUGAAGUCAUUAUGUCCAUUGAUUUCAGUGAGUCUACUAUGAGUAUGACUUAUUCAGAUACAACCCAUACAUUAAGCUGGAAGAACUCCCUGUGUCACCAUAAACAAGUUAAAAGAAAAGAAAGGGCAAUAAGAAACUGUAAUUUUAUUUAGUGAUAUAAAGCCAACAAGGGGAAUUUUGAAGUUCAUUAAACUGACGUGUCUUUGACAAGGUUUUCAAGACUCCUGUUAGCUGGCUAUAAACAUUGGUUAAAACAAGUGAUUAAUUCUAACCCUUUAGCCCGACCUGCUUGGAAUUCCAGUGGAUAAUAGUGUGUUUUGUGGUUACUUAUCUGGGAACACAAGCAUGUAGGGAAAUAAUAAGCUUGUAAUACGUCCAACUAAUUAACUUGCCAUUUCCCCUUUACUUGUUUUGUUAUACCCCCUUUGUAUAUUACAAUAGGUAUUAUGUACGAAGUACAGGUUGUCCAUAGUAAUGUUAAGUCAGACAAAAAGUAUAUGUGGUUAUUUAGUUUUGAAUUAGACUGGGCGAGCAUUUCUGAAAUUUCUUUGUUUUGAUAUCAUAGGCUUCCCCUACUCUACGCUACCCAUCACUUCAUCCCACUUUUUUUUGCAGGGGUUGGGUGGGUUCUCAUACCUUCUUGUAUCUAUAUCUUGGGGAGAUGCUUGAACUGAAAUCCCGGAUGGAAAUUCAGUAUAUCUGUAUAGUAACUAAACUUCACACCACAUAUACAUAUCGUCUAAUAAUAUUAGACAAAUUCUUGGAGUAUAAGGCUGUCAGUGGCUACUAACUGUGAUGGCUGUAUCCUACAUGCAAGAUCAGAGAUGGCAUGCUUCUGAAUAUCAUUUGUUGUGGAAUAGCAGCAGGAGAGUGCUCCCAGGCUCAUGACUUCCUUGUGGGCUUCCUAAAGACACCUGAUUGAUCAGGUGGGAAAACAGGAUACUGAACUGGGCAUUCCUUUCAUCUGAUCCAGUCAGGCUCUGAUUUUGUACAUAUUCGUACAGUUGGUAAGGUGGUUGUUCUUGGGGAGGAGGUGUUAGUGAAAGAAGCUGUGCCAUGUUGUAUUGCUGCAUUUUCUGUUGUGCUCUCUUUUUCUUCCUCAUCAUUGUUUUUAAACUAGUCUUCCGCUUUUGUGGCUUAGUCACUGCUCAUUUCUGUUUGCUUGCUUUCCUUCACUUAUUCUCAGUCCCUAUCCCACUGGAGCUCACAUUUGUUCCCAUUCAGUUUACUGAAACAUGAAGUCGCUUUAUUGGACUUAAGAGCUGAUAAUCCUUAAGAUGGGUAGCCAGGAGUUUAUGACUUGGUAGCCUCUGCCUGAAGCUUUGUGCAAAUCCAUUCAUCCAUUUAAAACAUCAGCUUCUGUUCUCCUGUUUGGAAGCUUUUUCUUCUAAAAAAGAAGGCUUAGAAGAUUUUAAUUUAAACUGAGAGGUGCCACUACCUGAAUGUGUUUUAGAAGUUGCACAUAUGCUUAAAUCAGAUCUGAGAGGAUUGGAGAGGCUUGAAACUAUCUUAAUAAACCUUGGAAGACAAGUCUUUGGUUUGAUGCUGUACUCUCUGUUCUGGAGAGGAGCACUGAGGAGCACUGUUGGUUUGAAGCUGAUGUGCUACACCUGCUGUAACUUCUGUAGCCACAGAAAUUGCCUCCCCCCAGCUCUGCCAUUGAACUUAAAUUAAUGAACGGAGCUUUCAUAGAGUACCCUCUCUAUAUAAAUAUAACUCUGUCUUAUUCAAAUUAACUUUGAGACUCCCAAAUUGUCCUUGGUGCAUAGCUAUAAACCAGAAAUGAGUACAGCAUAUUGAAAUAGAUGUCUGGUUGAGAGGAAAUACCACCAGAAUUACCGAAACUAUAAAUUCCAUUUGGUGUAUCCUUUGAUCUGUGUUUCAUAUUCUAAAAUAAUCAGCUCUGAGAUAUUUUUUUAAUAAGGCAAGAAAAGUAUUUUUAAUACCUGAACAAAUCACGCGUUGCAGAAGCUGCUGUCUCUGAGAUGGCAAAUCCUUGCACCAUUCUUCCCGAUCAGGAGUGAAGAGAUACAUUGAGAGUUUUCCCCUUUGUGCUUGUCUGCACUGUUAUCAAAUGCAGGUAGUAAAAUAAAUUGUAAUGAAAAGUGAAACUGUCUGAAUUGAUGCAGCAGGAGCAAACUUAUACAUUCACUUCAGUUCUUAUUUACUGAGAUAAAAGUGGACGGGCUUCAGCAGGUGAAAAUCACCUCCGUCUCCCUCUGUCUCUGUUUCAUGCAAAACCCACUGAUCCAAAACAGAGCUGGUAGAUCAAGUUUAUAUUUUGCCAGUCUCAAAUCGCUGUUUUCAGAGAUUUCAGCACACACAAAACAUGAUUGCCUGAGAAUAACAACAACCUCUAUAUUUUUUUCUUGGUUCUUGUAGCAUUAAGUUGCAUUGCUUUUUUCCUAGAAGACUGCUGUGACUGUAGAGAUGACAGAUAAUCUCUCAAAUGGAUUUGAUAGCUUUUCAUUAUUAAAAGCUUUUUUGGCACCCUCCUUCAAGGCUGAAGGGAGUUGGUGUCUUGGAAAAGAGAAUAUUGGACUGUGUUUUAGUAAACCAGGUCAGUGGCUUACUUGGUCAGUUCCAUUGUCUAUGUAACUUGCUUAGUGAUUUCUGGUCUAAUAGGGAUGAGCUUGGUUUCUGGAAGGUUUGUUCCUUCUGUCUGCAUGAUAGUGUCCAUGUCCCCAGUUUAUUGUCACAUCUUAACCAAUUUGACAUGCAUGCUACCAUGAAUGUAUAUGCAUGUAAAAUGGCAGGGGUUUUGAGGUACAGGGAAAGAGGUAGUAAUUUGUGGAGUUGAAAGAUAAUUUUUAUAUGUUUUGUGAGGCUAUUUCUGUCAAAUGGAUUAAUGAAAUAAAUGAAUUUGGCUUGCUUCCUUUGCCUCAGGUGCAGGGUGUCUUUCCUGCAAUCCAACAGCAUUACUUUGUGAUUCUUUUGGAUGUAAUGUCUAUACAAGUGUGGGAUAGCUCAGUCAGUAGAGCUUGAAACUCUCAAUCCCAGAGGGCUGUGGGUUCGAGCCCCACGUUGGGUGGAAGAUUCCUUCAUUGCAGGGGGUUGGACUAGAUGACCCACGUGGUCCUUUCCAACUCUAGUUCUUUGAUUCUAUGAAAAUGGACAGUAGACUGGAUGUACUUAGGUCAAGGCCAUAUUUUAGGGAGUAGAGGAUCUUAGAAACCUUCUCACAAAGUAAAUUUAAUUGCAGACCAAAUCAGGCUGAUGUGAGGGUCAUGAAGUGUGCACAACCAUAGGCUACAGCACAGUUUCCAAGACUCUUGGCUUGCAGUGUUUCUUUAUUAUGCUAGGAGCCACUGGUGCAGUGCAGAUACUGUAAACUACAACUCCCAUCAUAUCUUACCAUUGACCAGGGUGGCUGGAGCUGAUGGGAGAUGUAGUUCAAAACAUUUAGAGGGCAACAUGUUUGCUUACAUCCCAUGCAAAUUAUCUAAUGCUUUGUGAGAAUGAUCCUAUGCCCAUGUGGUUUAACAAAUCCUGCCCCCACACUCAGUUGCAGAUUUCUUUUUCAUAGUGAACAUAUUGACUACCAUUCUUUCCAGUCUUAUGGAACUAAGGAUGGAAUUUGGUGUUGCACUGUUAGAAAUCAGCUUGUCAGAUGAAACAAUCCCCCCUUCCCUGUUCUGGGGGUUCUUGUGACCCCCGGAGUCAAUUUCAAGGGGGCGGGGGGAAUUCCCAUUGCACAAGCAGAAGCCGUUCCUCAGGGCUUCUGCUGAUGGGGUUCAUUAGGUGAAUUCUGCCAACGAUCUUCCUUAUUUUUUCAUACUAGUUUGGGUAUUUUAUAUUUGUGACCAAAAACUUGAGAUCAUAUGCUAGAAUGAAAGAUUAACAUUUGGUAUGACAUGUAAUUUUAUCCCCAUAGGCAAAAAAAGUGUCUCAUAUCUGUGACUGACACAAGUUUGUUGGCCUGUCAGUUACAAGUUGAUCCCAUCCAAAUUUCUGUCACAUUCACUUAAUUUUAGUUAAUUGUAAGAUUAAUCUUUUCAGGCUAGGUAUCAGUAUGCAUAAUAAGUUGUCUUCCCAUAGAGCUUGUGGGGAAUGAAAACUAGAGAACCUUUCACAACAAGAAGGUGAUCUCUUCCUUUGGCAUAGCAAGCAGCCUUUGUUUCUCUUUCAUUCUUCAGGAUCCAUGUCUAGAGAUUAUUGCUAAUAUCAAUAUGGCAUGCCAACACAAUAAAUCUUCAGGUUCUAAAAGCUGUUGUAUUCUUGUACGCCAGUACAUGUUUUAGCACUUGGCAUGAUGUUUUCUAAAGCAGAAUCCAUUAGUUAGAGGUCAGAUUCUUAUUUUUAGGUUCAAUCAUAGAAUUGUAGAAUCUUAGAGUUGGAAGGGACACCAAGAGUCAUCUAGUCCAACCCCCUGCAAUGCAGGAAUAUCAGCUAAAGCAUUCCUGACAGGUGGCCAUCCAACCUCUGCUAAAAAACCUCCAAGGAAGGAGAGUCCACCACUUCUCGUGGGAGUCUGUUUCCCUGCUGAACAGCUCUUACUGUCAGAAACUUUUUCUGAAUGUUUAGUUGGAAUCUCCUUUCUUGCAACUUGAAGCCAUUGCAACAUUGAAAUGGAAACACCCAGCCUUUUCUUGCUGCGUUUGCUAGAGACAAAGUUUGCCUAUUUCAAACUUAACCACAUAGCAUUUUAAAUACACAAACAUAACUUUUUAUGUACGUUGAACUUACAUCCUUAAGAUGAACUUCAUGAUUUUUAGACUUUUUUAUUGUGCAACUGAAUAUUAUAUGGAUGCAAUGCAUUCUCUUGAUUUAUAUAUUUGUAUAGUUUUGUUCUGAAGCUCCUGUCUCACAUCCACACUAUAUGAUAUAAGGAUGAAAGCAAACCAGCUAUUUAAGUGCUAAUUUAUAGGGCUUUGUGUGGUCUCUUUAUUCCUGACCAUAACUAUGCAAUAUAAUGGCGACCUUUGUGCUCUGGAGUAAUUGAGGGAAAUGGCAUGAUUUAAUUGGUUUGGUUGAACUUAUUCUUUUUUCUGUUAAUUAAAAGUUCCAGGGUGUGUAGCGUGUAGCUCAGAUAAAGUGUGGGAGUUCAAAUGCAGGGCAGUGCUUGGUGACACUCGGGCUUUGGGGAAGGAAUGUGAGAUGGCUGGUUAAGAAGUCAGAGCUGGUUCAGCAUUAAUGCCAGAGCAGCUUUGCAUUGACAUUGGAGGUUGCACAGGGCAUUGGCAAUCUUUUUUAAACGAUGAAGAGGGAAUACACUGUGUAUAACGAAAGCAGUUUAUCCAUGUGUCCAAGUAUCUAAUUUAGCAUUCCCAGUAAUACUUCACAUUCUCAGGGCAAUUGUAUGUACUCCAAUAAUUUGAUAAUGGUACUUGGUGUAUGGGGAGAAAGCAAAGUCAGAAGCAGCCAGAUCCAAAUUAGUUUCUAGGUUAUACUUCCGAAGGGCUGCCUAUCCAUCAGGUUUAGGUAAACAAGAACUUCCAAUGGUAAGGCUUGUAAGUCACUGCAAACCUGCAGCAUGGGACUUUUUGUCCCUUUCCUGUAUCUCUGAGAAAUUCCUUAUUGUUCUUAUAGUACAUCCAUCACUCUCACUGCUCAGAAUAUGCAAAUGUUUGCAUGAAUAUUUCAGCAAUGAAACUGCAGCUAGAAGUACUAUUCUGCCAAUGCUACAUGUUUUAGAAAGAUAUAACAUCAAACUAAAUCUCUCACAUUAUCAGGCUGGUUUCAUAAGCUUUUGAUUGGAACCACCUGGAGGAGCCUUCUAGUAGAAAAGGUGAGUGGCUUGGAAAGUUCUUACGAUGAGACCUUGAGUUAUACUCCUAGUCAAGCAUACUAGUUAACCAAAUAGAUCAACAUAAACAUUAUUUGUAGGAUUAUGCUGAAUGUUCUCUCAUUUCAGUUUUUAAGUAAAGCAGUGCUUUCAUGAUGGGCAAAAUAUACCUGCCCAGAGAAAAACAACCUUAUGUAUGUUCACAUUAUUUUGAACCUCUUAGCAACAAAUGGGGAGAAACAAAUGGCAGCUGUUUGUGCCUUUUUUCCUUUAUAGAGGGAUUUAUUUAGGUCUUCUUUUUCCUUCAUAGAGCCAUUCAUAUAAUGAAUGGGUGACAAUGCUAUGUAGCCAAUGUGUUUUGCUAUGUAGCUAAUGUGUUACUAUUUCUGAUAAUCCCAAGUAGCUAAUAUUACUAAGCAAAAGCAAAUCAAAGUCAGUUCAUAGUGCUGCUUCUUUGAUUACUCAAAUGGUGAGUUUAGCUGAGGGAUCACAUCCUACAGAACAGAAUUGCAUCAUGGUGCUGCUGUGAAUCCAGUCAUACCUAGCUACAUGUUGAUGUUUGUGAGGGAACACAAAUCUCAUCCAGAGUGAGAGGGUAGCAGUUCCUGAAUAACUGAGGAAUUCGGUCCACUUUUGAAGCAACCACUGAAACAUUGCCUAAUGCAUGGAGAAAGCUUUUAAUACUGGCAAAAAUGUUUAACAAAAAAUAUCCCUACUUAGAACAUAAAGGGGGAUUAAAUGAGAGACAGAGAGAGAGAGAGAGAGAGAGAGAGAGAGAAACUGGCUAAAAGCAACACUACUGAAUGAAGGCUACUAUGGGUACAAUCCAACCCAAGUAAAGUCUGUUUACGUCUAAUUGAUUUUAAUGAGGCAGACUUAAGUCUUUGAUUACUUCUGUUGAAAUAAAUUAGACUUAGAAUUAGUCAUAUUUGUGCUUUUAUUUGUGGCCUUGCAAUGUAGUUUGCAUUGCAAUGUAGAGUCAUCCUCUUAAUUUUUUCAGUGGUUUGGAAUUCCAAAGGACAUUCCGUUGUCCUUGAUCUGCUACUGUUAAGCUCAUUGGCUCAGCUGUGAUAGAGACAGAUCUCCUCUUUCAGUUCCGCCAUAGUCUUCCUUCCCUUUGUCUAUGGGAGAAACAGUAACAAACUCUGCACCCCAAGGCAGCUUCAGUCAGCUAGCCAUUGGCAGAGAGCUGACAGGCCCUGCAAUUUCCAGCAGUAGCUGUGCCACCAGAGGCCAUGUGAAGUGGCUCAUAGUCAUGAAUCAUCCCUUCCCUACAGCAGUAACAGCCAAGCUGAAACUGUGCUGAAUCCUACAGGUGAACUCUUUGGCUUAACUGCUGCCAUUCUCUGCUGGACUGCUUGCCUCAGAAGGUCUGCUCCUCCUUUCAAACUUGUUAAAGAGUUAGAUCAUGCACAGAGAACCCUUAUAAUCCACUGUCACUUUUAAACUGUCCAAGCAAAGUACACUAGUAAGACAUGUGGCGGGAGACAGUGUGUUUCUGAAGAGCAGUGAAGGGAACGCAGUGGAUGUAGCCUACCUUGAUUUCAGCAAGGCAUUUGACAAGGUGCCCCAUGAUAUUCUUGUAAAGAAGCUGGUAAAAUGCGGUCUUGACUAUGCUACCACUCAGUGGAUUUGUAACUGGCUGACUGACCGAACCCAAAGGGUGCUCAUCAAUGGUUCCUCUUCAUCCUGGAGAAGAGUGACUAGUGGGGUGCCACAGGGUUCUGUCUUGGGCCCGGUCUUAUUCAACAUCUUUAUCAACGACUUGGAUGAUGGACUCAAGGGCAUCCUGAUCAAAUUUGCAGAUGACACCAAACUGGGAGGGGUGGCUAACACCCCAGAGGACAGGAUCACACUUCAAAACAACCUUGACAGAUUAGAGAACUGGGCCAAAACAAACAAGAUGAAUUUUAACAGGGAGAAAUGUAAAGUAUUGCACUUGGGCAAAAAAAUGAGAGGCACAAAUACAAGAUGGGUGACACCUGGCUUGAGAGCAGUACAUGUGAAAAGGAUCUAGGAGUCUUGGUUGACCACAAACUUGACAUGAGCCAACAGUGUGAUCGCGGCAGCUAAAAAGCCAAUGCAAUUCUGGGCUGCAUCAAUAGGAGUAUAGCAUCUAGAUCAAGGGAAGUAAUAGUGCCACUGUAUUCUGCUCUGGUCAGACCUCACCUGGAGUACUGUGUCCAGUUCUGGGCACCACAGUUCAAGAAGGACACUGACAAACUGGAACGUGUCCAGAGGAGGGCAACCAAAAUGGUCAAAGGCCUGGAAACGAUGCCUUAUGAGGAACGGCUAAGGGAGCUGGGCAUGUUUAGCCUGGAGAAGAGGAGGUUAAGGGGUGAUAUGAUAGCCAUGUUCAAAUAUAUAAAAGGAUGUCACAUAAAGGUUGUUUUCUGCUGCUCCAGAGAAGCGGACACGGAGCAAUGGAUCCAAACUACAAGAAAGAAGAUUCCACCUAAAUAUUAGGAAGAACUUCCUGACAGUAAGAGCUGUUCGACAGUGGAAUUUGCUGCCAAGGAGUGUGGUGGAGUCUCCUUCUUUGGAGGUCUUUAAGCAGAGGCUUGACAACCAUAUGUCAGGAGGGCUCUGAUGGUGUUUCCUGCUUGGCAGGGGGUUGGACUCGAUGGCCCUUGUGGUCUCUUCCAACUCUAUGAUUCUAUGAAGCCACAGGAGGGGAGAGUGCUCUUGUAGCUCUUGAAAACCAGUGGUUUUCAAGCAAUGUGCUGUGGCAUCCUGGGGUACCUUGAAUGAUGGUCAGGGGUGUCGCAGGCAACACUGGCCUCUGUCCCUCUUCCCUUCCCUUCCCUUCCUCUUCUGAUGCCCUCUUGCGUCUCUGCCUCCCAAAGGCUUGCACAGCUAUUUAUUGCAGCAGCCCUGGCUAUAUACUCCAGAAAUAAAUGGUGCCUCUGGAAGGCACUUUUCUUUGGGAUGGGGGAGGGCAGCUCAGAGACCUGGAGCGGCAGCAGCAACAGCUGCCCAGAAGACUCCCAAGGAAAGAGGAGAGGAGGCUGAGAGAAGACUCCACAAGGGUGGGUGUUCAAAAAAGAGUGAGAGAGGCUGCCAGCUCUGCAGGCAAGGGGUAACAUAACUGGGCUCCUGAGCCCCCUAGUGGUGCCACAAAAAGAAUGUAGUUGGUUGAGGGAGCCGUGGACUCAAGAAGGUUGAAAACCUCUGCCUCAGUCAGUUGAACCUCUUAAGUACCGUAUUUUUUGCCCUAUAGGACGCACUUUUUCCCCUCCAAAAAUGAAGGGGAAAUGUGUGUGCGUCUUAUGGGGCGAAUGCAGGCUUUCGCUGAAGCCUGGAGAGCGAGAGGCAUCGGUGCGCACCGACCCCUCUCGCUCUCCAGGCUUCAGGAAGCUAUCCACAAGCCUCGUGCGCCAGCAGGAGGUCCCACCAGGCGCGCAAGGCUUGCGGGCGGCAGCUUGCAGCCCGAAGCAGGGGGUGUGCUGCGGAGCACGCCCCGUGCUUCAGGCAGAUGUCCGCAAGCCUCACGCGCCCGCCAGGAGGUCCUGCCGGGCUCCCAAGGCUUGCAGGCAGCAGCCUGUUCUGGGGGCUGGAGUCGGGGGAAGCUCGGGCUUCCCCCGUGCCAGCCCCGCGCCUGGGGGGGGGAAAUAUAUAUUUUUUCUUUAUUCCCCCCCCCCAAAAAAAUCAAGGUGCAUCCUAUGCGGCAGUGCGUCCUAUGGGGCGAAAAAUACGGUUAAUACCAUCAAACCCACAACGAGAAAAUGACCACACUGGCAGAGCCCUCACUCGAUAAAAUACUAUGUUGUUGGUGUAUUUAUUUCUUUUCAGGGAACACAUGAAUACUUUAUGGCGAUAUUAACACAUGUUCCAUAAAUUGCCUAUAGGUUCAUACAUGUCAAUAGAUUAUCUUUAGCUCUGAGAAAGCCUUGCCUGGUUGUUGAAUCAUUUUCUAACAUGCAGUCUUAGGCACCUGCAUACAUUAAAAGCUGUAUUCUUCUGUUAAGUUUGCUACCCAAAUUAUACAGUUGCAUGUUCACCUGCAAUCUGUGCCCUUGUAACUAGAAAAAAACCAUAUGUGAGCUUGUGUGCUUAUUUUCUAUAUGAAGAAGUAGCACAUUGUGGUAUUUCUCUUGCUUAGGGAAAGCAUUAUUUAACAAUGCCGUCAAUGUAGCUUGAAGCCCAGAAUGACCGUAGCCCAAGCUUUGAUCCCUCUUGCUGUAGGCACUUUAAGAUUGGAGAGUCUUGGGUAUUUCUUUCUGGGGAAGUUGGAAGGAAAAUGCCACAAUAUAUGUCUAAACCAGCUUUGUUUCCCUUAUUGCCUAUACCAAAGUGAGCAAGAGAGUUUUGUGUUUGUAUCUUGGUUAUAGUUUAUUACAACCAAGCUAGUUUAUCAUUGCUAUUCUACAUUUCUGUUUAAUAAUAAUUGAUAAUAGUAAAUCAAAGCAGCUUACACUGACAUUAAAUUUAUCAACAUAAAAACAAAUACAGUGGUACCUCGGGUUACAUACGCUUCAGGUUACAGACUCCGCUAACCCAGAAAUAGUACCUCAGGUUAAGAACUUUGCUUCAGGAUGAGAACAGAAAUCGUGCUCCGGCAGCGCGGCAGCAGCAGGAGGCCCCCAUUAGCUAAAGUGGUGCUUCAGGUUAAGAACAGUUUCAGGUUAAGAAUGGACCUCCAGAACGAAUUAAGUACUUAACCUGAGGUACCACUGUAUAAGAAGACAUGCCCAUUAAAACAGUACAGUGACAAUAAUAAAAGAUCACUUUAAAGACAUGGGGUUUGAUCCAAGCGUACCCUUUUAUUCAUGGAAUCAAGGAGGGAGUGUCAGUAACGUCAAAUUCUGUGCUGUUCUGGAGGGUCCCUCAAAUACAUUUUCAGGGGUGCACUAGGUUGAAAGUGGAAUUUGUGAAAAUUGUGCCCCCUACACUACCAUUUGUGGGUGCCAGGAGACCCUUUCCCCAAGUGGAAUUCCACUCCAACUUUAUGAAGUGAAGUUAGUUUAAAAAUAUAACCCAAAAUAGCAUGUAUGUCUCUCUGCACUUCCUUAAAAAAUGUACAUUCCUUUUUUAGUAAGUGUGAUAUCUCUUUGAUUAGGUUACUUAGGAAACCAGUUCACCUGAAGGAGAUGGGACCUCUCAUGCUGCUGUUAAUGACUUUUGGUCAUUUGCUGUGUUUUGUUUUGCUUUGAGGCAGAGUUCCAAAGAGUGUUUUGUUUGAAGUAUAAUUUCACUAUGAUUUUUGUGGAGAAUAGAAAGUAAACCAUAUUUAUUCUUUAACUGCAAGCCACGACCAUGACUUUUUCGUGUGAAUAAGAACUUGAUCGAUAUGCACUGGAAUAAGAAUAUUUCUAGUGAACUGCAUUAAAUUGAUGAACAUACCCUAUGGGGAAAUGCUUUUUUGUUUUUGUGUAAUUCCAUUACUUAAUUAUGGGAAAGCCUGCUAUGUUAAAAUUACACCGCUCAGGUUUCAUGAGAGACUGUUAACACUUGGCUACUUCCCUGCCAGCUUGCAUAAUAAUUAGCUUCACGCAGAGUAAAAUAGUGGGGCUUCAAAUGAAGUAAAUAUUGCUGGGCACGAGCAGGAUCUGAUAUCACAUUUUAUAGGGUCAGUUAGAGGAAAACAGAUUGCUAGUUCUGUCUGUUAGAAAUCACCAUGAUGAGUGCACAAAAAAUACUCUUAUUCUUUACACUGUGCUCGACUUCCCAGUAAUAAUUGACCAUCCUACAUCCACUGUUGUGCAGCAAACCGAAGCAAUGUGAUUUGUCUUGUCUUCAGUUCAGUAUGGUUUCAAAUACCAUUACUCAGGAGCCACCCCGUUCCCAAGUUUGCCUUGUGAAAAUACAUCCAAUGGGAUGGGGUGCAUACUAAAUUGAGAUGAAUGAGGCAAACUGGCAUGGACAUUUGGGUGAAAUCUUUGUCAGAGAGCGAGAUUUUUAAUUAUUUGAUGGGCAGUAUUGUUCUGUUGAACUGCUGAGUCUUCUUCAAUCUGCUGCGUCUGUUGGCUAUGUUCAGAUGACACAGUUAACUUGUUUACUGGGAUCGGAACAAGCCUUAGGCUUUGGCUCUGUGGCCUGCCAAGCCCUAAACUGCUGUUAAUCUUUACUAUGGUUUGUUGAAGUAAGCCAGCUUUAAACUAAUUAUUUCAACUUAGCUUGUUUCAUACAAACCAUAGUUAACCUUGGUUUAUUGCGUUUGGACUAAAAGGCAAGGUGAAUCAAAAGUUUACAAGUGAAAAUAACUUGGUUUUGUAAACAGCAGGACUCUGUACUCUGGUGCAGAUGUAACACUGGCUAUUACCAAACCAUGCUUUGCAUAUUGGGAGCCAGCCUUGGGUUUCCCCUUGGUUUCCUUAACCUUGGUUGACCAUUACUUCUGCACUAGUGCUAACCAGGGUUCACAUGUGAUGCUAUUCUGUACGUAAGGCAAACAGAAGAAUGGAUGGAAUACCUAAAUGCAGUGCUUUUUUUUUUUCUAAAAAAAAAAUUAAGGGAAAACUCCCAUAUUGAAACUCUCAUUUUCCUACUCAUAUUAAAAUACUGCUCCUCAAUGAGGCCAAACUUAGAUUCACAAAAUGUUAUGGGGCAUGCGUACCCCUGCAUACCCCCAGAAAAAGCACUGCCUAAAUUGUUUUCUUAGAAAACCCUCCCUCCCUUCCCAUUUGUGUUUUUAAAUGUAAUUCUACAUAUUCUGACGCAAAUAAAGGUGUCCCUCCACCCAUCCACACACUUUCCCUUUGCUUCUGGCUCUGAAAUCCUAUCAGAUGCCAGACUACAAAAUAAAAAAUCUAAACCAUGAUUACUUUUUAUUUAAGAGGGAUUAGAGGACACUUGCAUUGCAAAACUGUGUUGCUGGCACCAAUACGAAACAAAACACAACAACCUAGCUUGUGCAACAGAUUUACUAAGUUACAAGUCUCAGUGAAGACUUUUUGUUAAAUCUUUGGGAGUUGUGGCAAGGGAUUGGCUCAUUCUGCUUCAGCAAGAAGAGCUCAUUGGCUUCAUGACAUUACAUUUCGUUUCAACUCUCCCUGAACCGUGUUGAACUUCACUUGGAACGUUCCUCUGCUUUUUUUUUUAUCCUGAAUCUGUAAUCAAAGAACAUACAAGGAAUGAAAAAAGCUUACAAGUGCCUUAAUUCAACAACCUAGGCAUGUUACAAAAAGAAACAACCCACAAAGCCACAAUCCUCUGUAAAGGCUAACCUAAUCAGUCCUAUUCCAAAUCUAUGCCAUUUAUCUCUAGCAGCCCCCCCCCCCGGGUUUGUCUCUAGGCAUACCCUCUUCUAUGAUGAAAUAUGCACCUCUGCCCUGGGAAAGAAUCGUAUCACACAGAUGAUCUGAUGAAUAGCUAUUUGUGCCUUAUAUUUAAGCCCUUGCUAUCCCUUCUUCAUGACUCUUCAUAUAUUAACAAGUGGGCAUCUUUUUCACCACUUCCAGAAAAGAGAUACAGAAGAUAAUAUUUUCUAGCAAGAGGGAAUGAUUUAAAUCAAGAUGGUUUAAAAUCAAUGAUUUGAAUGAGCAAGAAAAAGGAGGUUGAUUUAAGUCAAGUUUUCUUUUGAUACUACUUCACGUAUUUUCUAAAAGAUGGUGCAAACUACUAAACUCUGUUAAUUUACAGAAUAUUGCUUACCCUGUUCCAUAUGUACAACCAAGCCUUGCAUCUCUUAGUCUCAGUAUACAUUUUACAUACUUCCUUCUUUUUCCCUGUAGAGGGAAUGUCUCUAAAAUGUUCUCAUAUAGGAUCUUUCUUAUGACAAACACCCAUGACAAUUUGCAAAGUUAGCAGCAGAAUCCUAUUUACCCAGGAGUAAAUCCUCUUGAGUUCAGUAGGGCUUUAACUAUAAGUGAAUAUAGGACUGCAGCACAAGUAUGGAGAAUAAUAGAGACCUGAGCCCUGCAUACGUUUGUCUUCCAGUCUUCUUUCCGGUUGCUCCUUUCUGCAUCUCUUGGUCCACAUUUAACAAAAAUGAGGUAUCCAUGACUGAUAGGUCAAAGCAGGGGUGAUUAUUACUAGGCAGACUACAGCUGUUGAUUUUCAUCAGAUGAAAUGCCUAUAUCUGAAUAAUGAUAAGAUACAGUAGGUUCUUCAUUGAGACAGAAAAAUCUAUCUGGAUAUAUCUGAUAGAAGGGGUUGAUUCAGUGCAUAUAAAUGAACUGUAGGUCUAACACAGCCUUGUGACUAUACCCCACCCCCAAGUUACUACUAGCCUGUUAAAAGAAAAAGCACCAACCUGCUAGGUGCUGACCAAAGAGGGAUGGAGAGUGGCCUUUCUGCGCUGGGUGCAGAGGAGAGACAAGGUGUUCCAUCCUUCCUCCAACAGCCCACUCCUUUCUGUGCAUGGAGUCCUGGUUGUCAGCGACUACAAAGCUACUACCAAGGUUGGCUAAUGUGCUUCUGUUCAAAUUAAUUUACAUUUGAUCUCUUUAUUAUAUAAGAGAAACUUAGCAAACCUUGUCAGAAGAAUCCCUGUGUAAGAGUUUCCACUUGUGCAGUGGGGCUUCCCCCCCCCUCCUCCCACAGUGCCCCUGAAAUUAGCUGGUGGUGGGGAGUUGGGAGGAUCCCCAGAAUAGGGUGGGUGGGUGUGGUUUCUUCUGCUUGUACAGAGAGAAUGUGCAUCAUAGCGCAAAAUUGAAUUCCACCCUCAGUAUUGACAAUUCUUAAAAACAUCAAAAUCCAAUUAAUUUUCUUUUGAAAAUCUUAAAUCUGAUUUUUAGUCCACCUAACAUGCUUAUAUUUGAGAGGAAGCCAAUAGAGACAUCAAAGGUGGUGAAUAUGGGAUUAAUCUCAGUACUAGGUCAUAUGUCUAUUCCCAAGAUAGUAAAGUCAGCAUGUGGGCCUGUGCAGCUGUAGCAUUUCUCCCUGAAAUGUGGUUAAAGGAACUGAACUGGGCUGCAGUGUUGCGCUCCUCUCCCUUAGGAAGUCAGGUGGCCCUCUGCCUUCACCCUGAGAGGAGUAGAACUAUUACAUUUGAACUGCCCAGUGGUGCCUUGGCUGCUUCAUUUCUUUAUGUCAAGGGACUUUGUCUGAAUUUGCCAUAGUGUGAAAAUCUCCAAAGUUGCCAUAUCAGAGAGAAAUUAUUUCUGAAGUGUUGUUGUUUUUUCCUGUCACUUGAGAGCAGUUUCAGAUAAAAGGUUUUAGAACAAGGAGGUCAAGUGUGUGACAGCCUGUUUCCUCUGCCCUAGAAAUAUAUUUAUGAACUAGCACUCAAGUCCCCCCCACUCCGCGAAACCCAUUUUUGGUUUUAUUUUAGCUGAAAGAACUUCCUCAUCCUCCGGUGCCCUUGAGAGCACAUUGAGAUAGGCGUGCAGUAUUUGUUUGUUUCUGAGAGCAGAACAUUCAUUAGAAGCCGGAGGAGCUUGCUUCCCAUUCCCCUCUCUCACUGCAACAGACAUCCAAAUGCCAGGGACACAAGAAGGUUUUGUUCUAACCCAGAGUGUGAACUUGCACCAUGAAGAAAGUGGCUGGGGAUUCUUUCUAGCUUUCAAGUGCCGUGAGUUGAGGUGAUCUUCAGCACAGUGCAUUUACCUGCUUACCUCAUAAGCUAGAUGCUCUUCUCUACUUAAUACCACAACCCACUACAUAGUGAAGCUUGCUUAAUUCCUUUGAUCCAUGAGGGUGUUCAGUUCUGUCCUGGAUUGUGCCUCUUCUGAUUCCUCUUCCACUGAACUCCAUGCUAGACCAGCAGUCACUUUCCAGAUGCAAGCAAUUGCGAAAAGUUAGCUUCCUAAAUAGUAUUUUCUGCAGCCACAAAUUCCCCUUUUGGUUCAUUUGGGAUUGUGCUUUAAAAGAUCUGGACUGCUCUUCUAUUUAAGUCAAGCCAGAGGGAAUGUAGCAUUCUAUAGCAUUGGCUGUACUGGAUACAAAGACCUGUGAACGUGGUAAAUCCUUAGAGUUUGGUUUUCCUGUAAUGUGGAAGCCUGAAUUAAUUCUGGCCUUCAUAGUUAACAACAAGAGAGGUUAAUUCACAGUUCAUUCCCAAUUUAGCACAGUAAUUAGCUGUUUGUAGAACACUAUUUGUGUUUGUUUUGGAGUUAAAUACACAUAGAUGUAAGCCACACUUUAAAAAAUCUGCUGCACCUUUAUAGAGUGAAAUUUAAACUUCCUGACUUAAUUCACUAAAACAUAAUGCAAACAUUUGUUUUUUAAUUGGUCAAUUUUAAAGCAGACAGAUGCUUCGAAAGGAACAAUGUAAUGAAAUUAUAUCCAUUUAACAAAAUCUACUGCUUAUUACUUGUUUUCCAAUUAAGUGUCAGUUAAGAAUCAAUUUCUGUAGGUGGGAAGAAGAGGUAUAGGCAUUGUUUCUAACAUUAUAUAAAGCCCAGAGCUGUAGCUGAAAAAAUUGGUCCAGGAUCCAGUGGGGCAUUUAAUCACAGCCCCAUCUGCAACCAAGCGCUUUGAAUGGAUACUAGCUUUUUGUUAAAUGUUAACCCUCUUUAAUGUUCUUCUUUAACCAGGGCUUUGGCUGAUUGACAUCCAGUGCCCUUUUAAAAUAUGAUGGGGGUGUUAUUGGGUUGUUCUUGUUUUUGUUUUUAUUAUGUAUGUGAUUUUAUGUUGUGAUUUUAUCUUGUGAACCGCCCUGAGACCUAUGGAUAUAGGGCAGUAUACAAAUAUAAUAAUAAUAAUAAUAAUAUAAUAUAAAAUAUAUAUCUUCACCAAUAUGAUGCACUUUCUCAGUUAAAAUUAUGAGUACUUCACUCUUGCAAGUAAGCAUAUGAUGGCAGACAAUUUACGAUAAAAAGAGGGGGGAAAUUAAAGCAAGCUUUUGAUCAGGUACUAAAGUCCAGUUCAGACAUUCUCAGCCUGCAUGCAAUUGAAGCCACCUCUGUGGACACGUUCCUGUGAACAAUGUAAUAUGUGACCUGGGCCAUUAUCAGAUACACCUGUAAUCUCCUGAUGGAGAUUGCCAGUAGCGACACAUUUCUUUUGGCUGCCAUAGUCACAAGAAUUGCCUUUGGUAGCUGUGCAUGAGAGCACAAAGUGGACCUCUGGUGGCAUAAUACAUUUUAAAAUAAUUUAAUAUUGAGAUGACCUAAAUAAGAAUUCUCAUUAACACAUCCCUAGAAACAGACUGGAUACAUUGCAUAAUUAAGGUGCUGAACUGGUGGAAAUACACUCAUAGUUCUAGUAUUUAAGUGCACUAAUAGUGUUGUGGUAUAAAAUGUCUUCAAAAUAGUUUGUACUUUUAAAAAAAAAUUGCACUAUUGUUAUUUUCUGCCACUGGGUUUCCUUUUAUUAAUGCCAUUUUUAUACUGUUUUAAAUGCCAUGUUGGGUUGUUGUUGUUGUUUUGUAUAUAUUAUGGUGUUAAUUUUUAUGGGAAGCACCUGAGAGAACUUUUUGUAUAAAUAAGUGUAUAAAUAAAAUAGGUAAAUAAUCAAAUGUGCUUUUAAAAAUCUCUUGCAGCCACCUUGUAUACUUCUGGAAUCUUAUUUGGCGUCUUCUUGAACAGCAGCGUACCUAUUUUCUUUGAACUUUUUGUGGAAACUGUCUACCCUGUUCCAGAAGGGAUUACUUGCGGCGUGACCACUUUCCUAAGCAACAUGUUCAUGGGAGUUCUUUUAUUUUUUCUUACUUUCUACAAUAAAGGUAAGGAGUAUUUAGAUGCUUGUGGAGUAUCAAUUUGUUAGCGCAACGUAUUUCAGCUGGGAGUUUUCUUUUUGGCUUCACCAGGAAGAGGAGCUUCAUGGAGAUUCUUCUGUUAACACUAAUGAUGUGUAUAAAUCCCUUAGCAUUUGUAGAAGAAUAGGCCUCCCUAUGUGUUCGUCUUUAUAAGUCUGCCAGUCAAAGAUUGAAAUCUUCACAUAGAAUUGUUCCUUUGAAGGCAGGGCAGUUGGAUGCCUUUGAGAUAAAUACUGUGGUGGCUUUAAAAAAAAAAAAAGGACGACAAAGAACCACGUAAUGUUAUGACCAUUAAUAACAUGCGUAGCUAGGCAAGCUAAAACAGCGAUAAAACUAAUCCAAUCUCAUGCUUCAGGGUCUAAUCUGGUUGUUUCGGGGGGUAAGAAGAAGCAUGUGGUUUCUUUUUCGUCUUCCAGACCUGGUCUUUUGACCACACUCACAAUUUACAGAUUGGCAAAAGGGGGGGUAUCUCCCCACUGUCCUGUUUUCAGACAAGUUUUGGAAGAUUGUAAACUGAGGAGGGGAGAGUUGUGGGUUAUGUGUUGCUAUAGUGCAGGUGAGGGGAAACUUCUUGAGUUCAAGGUCCCUCCAUUUUUGACAGUUGGACAGGGCCACCCACAUUUUGAUCACCAGGCAUCAUACACCAUAAUUCUGGUUUCAAGCCAGCGGCAAGCACAAUCUAGUCCCGCAACACUAAAAACAGUUGAUGGUCACGUGGGCCUGGUUUGUUCAAAAUGGCCUGACGGAUACCUUCCCAGUGCAAUGCUAUAGAGAUAAAGGGUUGGCUCAACCUGAAGCCUCUGAGCUUUGCUCCUGUAGAGCACAAAGGGUGUGGAACCAUCCGAAGAAUGGAGACAGGGUUUCUUCUCCCCACCCCCCUUCUGAAACGUACCCUCUCAUACAACAGAGAAAAGGUCUUUAGCCUAACGUACAUCUUCUUGUACAUCUCCCAUACUUAGAGUGUAUGUGUUUGCAGAUCUAUUUGUUGUAUGCAUGCACUACAUGCUGUUGUUUACAUGUUCAUGUAAAAUGCCCUGUGUUCACAUGUAAAUAAUGAAAGGAUGAAUAUUGCUGCAACCUCACAUAUAUCAGUCCUUUCCAUAUUUGAUUUUUCUUCAGCUCUUGCUGUUCGUUCACAAGAACUGCCAUAGAAUCAUCCUCACCUACGAUGCCAUGAUUCCUUGGAGGGAGAAUAGAAUACACAUAGAUUUUGCUGUUAGUGCCUCCCAGUAUACACUUCUGCUGGAUAUGCCAGCAGAGCUGACUUACAACACACAUGAUGACUGCUACUGGUGCAUUGUAAUGCCAUAAGUUUAGUUUCUUGCUUUGAAUUAUUAUUUUUUAAGCGCAUUCUUGUUAGUUGACAUCAUUUUGGCCAGAAAAAAUAGCUUUGACAUUUGAAAGCCCCAUAAAGACGGUUGCCGUCUUUUAAACAAAUAUAUAGACCACUUACGGUUGGAUGGUUUCCAUGUAUUAAUUUGGCAGUUUGAGGGAGAGGAGCAUAAGGGAAUGUGAGGAUACUGGAAACUUUAGUGAUUUUACUUAGUUGGUGUACAUUCUAUUCAAUGUGGUAAAAGGUAAAGCUUUUGAUGGAAUUGAUAGCAAAAAUAUUAGUAGUGGGUGAUGCCUAAUAGAACAUAAAGAGAUAUUUCUGAAGAAGCAGUGCUGUCUAUAAUAUUGAGAGUUUUGCACCUUUAGCCCUGUGAGUUACUGGGAUUAAACCAGACCAGUGUUGUUAGGUGGUUUUAGACCUGAGGGUACAUUUAGAGUUCUGUAAAAACAGUGAACAAAGUAGGCAUUUCUUCAGAAAUACACAUAGUAUUGAUAGGGAGGUGGCAUUUGCAUUGUCCUUGCUUACUGAUUAACUUUAAUAAUUAACCAUUGGACAGCAUUGGUUUGGACUGCAUCUUUUGCUGGAGAAAUUACAUUUGCUUGUCCUGACAAGCCAAAUUAGACUGCUGUUGUUGAAUAAAAUGAUAUUUUCUCAAUACAAGACUAGGAAGGCAAAAGAAUAGCUGAUGGGAGUCAAAAGAAUUGACUAAAUGAACACACCCUGUAGAUCUUUAAAAAGCACUCACAGCUCAUUCUGGAAUGAUUUACAGACUCUGGAUUUGAAAUCCAAUUUAUAAAUAUGGUGUCACUGUGCCCAGCUUUCCUGACACAUAGCUGUAUAAGCCUAAUUUUCUUGUGAGCAUUUGUAAUUGUGGUAGGAUGCAGAGAUGCUCUUAAUCUUUCUCCACCACAAUGUCUGCACAGCAAAGGAGUUGUGAAGACCUCAUCCCAUCAUUGUGACUUACUUACCAAGCAAAUUAAGAUGGCUAAAAUUUAAUUAAUUUUGUUUUUAAAAUGUUCCACGACAAGGGUUAUAAUCAAAUCAUAAAUUUUGUCUCAAUGUGUUUAUUUUCACUGCAUCUUCUUAAAUCAAAAUCUUUGGUGCUUUAUAAUGCUUUUCAUUUAUGUGUAAAUAGUUUUGUUUCUGUUAGUUCUCAAGCAUAACAACUAAAGACACAGAAUAGGCAAGGCUGUCCUGUGUGCCCCAGUUUAGCUGGAAGAAGAGUUUUAAUAGGCCAGCACCCCAGCUCGAUUUCUUACAGUACCCCUAUUUUCAAUGAGGACAACUUCUUUCUAACAAAGAUUGCACUUUCUCCGAAGUGUUUGCUUAAACCUAAAUUACGAUGCUUUUAAAGAACUGGCCGUUUUUUAUGAUGAAGUAGGACAUGCAUAUUCAAGACUAAUCUUUCUUCUUUUUCCCCCACCCACCCAGAGUUCUCUUGGUUUAAUUGGUGCCUCCCAGGCUCCUGUCUGCUAAGUCUUCUGCUCAUCCUGUGCUUCAGGGAAUCCUACGAUAGACUUUAUCUCGACGUCAUUGUCUCCGUUUGA